AUGGCAUCAUCAGAGCAGAGUGUAACCAAGACUAGGGUUCCGAAAGUCGCAAAGGUUUGUAUAUCUUACGAUUUUAACGAGAAAUUGAAACAAUUAGUUUGAAUAGUGACAGGAAAACAUGUACACGAGUAUUUAGGAUUCGAUAAGCUACUGCAGCGCAAUCUUCCCAUAUCCGAGCCAUUUCUUUUUAGUUUCAUCGUUCAUUCGUGCACUGAGAAGAGUUAAUAUUUCCUACUUUUUUGACAAAGUUUGAAUACCGCGGUAUUCGACUUUGAGAGUAAACUUCGUGAUCCACGACUUUACAUUAAAAAACUCUUCAACAAUUCGUUCAGGCGACUGGGAUGAUCUGUAAUUUCAAUAAUGAUCAAAUUAAGGUUGUCGGAGAGAGGAAAAUUGCAUGUUAAUGCAAGUUCUCUAGCCUCAUUUGCAUGAUCUGGAUCGUUACUCUCCUUUCUAGUUAUCAUAAAUUUAAUUGUAAAUUGUUUGGGAGAAUUUACAUGCUUGCGAUAUCAAGAAAGCAAACAUGAAGUAACAAGUUUGUUACAGUAGGGAAGUAAAUUGAGUCUGAAGCAUAUGUAUCAAGGCCCAUUGGGUUCACAUUCACCAAAUUCAUAGGUCUUGUUGGAAUGUGAUUGAAGCAUGCGACUCAUCAGGAAGUGUUAUUUAAUACCAGUUACAGCCAUGAGCUUAUAAUCAGCUAAUAAAAUUUUGCAGAAGUUUCUGAGGGUGUCUACUUCAGGGAAUCUUAUUGGGUAUUACAGCCAAAAUUAAUCCCAAGCUCAAACAGUUUACAAUCUUCCUUGUUUUGCUUGAUAUGAUUAUCAAAUUGUUACAACCAGUAUAACACAUCACUAAGUUUGUCUGCUUCAAUUCUUGCCUCCAGUGUAAGACACCUGAAGUUCGUGUUAUCCAUUAAAGAUAAAUUUUGUUUAACUUUAUAUUUUCAGGUGAAGAAUAAAGCCCCAGCACCAGUUCAGAUCACAGCUGAACAACUCUUGAGGGAAGCAAAGGAGAGACAGUUAGAAUUAGUUCCACCAGUAAGUUAAUUCUCAGAUCAAAUUUGUAAUUCUUCUUACUGUCAGCCAUACAAUUCUUAUAAUGUUAGUUCAGAGAAUUCAGUAUUGGAUCAAUUAAUUAUCCCCAAAUUCUUUAUUCUCAUCACUUAUCUAAUUAAUAUUGUAUUGAUAUUGUAAGGAAAAGCUGUUGUUGCCCAAACAUCAAGAUAUUUUAGAUUCUCAAAGUAACGAGAGAAAUUACUCCAGAACAUUAUUUUCAGAACCAUGUUUUCUUUCAAACUCCUUUUAAUUAUAUGAUACAACACACCAUUCUCAACCAAAAUUAAUUGUUAAGAGAAUUGAUUUAAUUGUUUUCUGAUCCACUGAGGAAUUUCAAAUACUUGAUCCCAAAUAAGCAAUUAAUUUUUAUUGGUUUGCUCUGACUUGUUAGUCAACAGCUUCCACUUUUGAAAGAUAAAAUUCACCUUUUAAAGAGAAGUACAUUUACCUUCUGAUGAAAUAUUUCAAUUUAACUUAAAUUCUUUCUUUGUACUUUCUGCAUAAUUCCUUCUUUCCAAUGAUUAAAAUACUCUGGAAAGAAAAACUGUGCAGUGAUACAAAACCUGAAAUCAAUUCAUUUUUUAACAACAUUUUUUAGGUUCUCCAUGAUGAGAACCAGAUUUAUCUAGUAUUUAUUCUACUGGCUACAAUGUCUGCUGAUUUCAGGUGAUUGUUGAAAUAAUUCAUCUUACUAACUGAUAUUUCCUUUCAGCCUCCCAAACAGAAGAUCAGUGAUCCUGAUGAAUUACAGGAAUACAAGCUUCGUAAAAGAAAGGUUUGAUUUAUAAUGAUUGUAGAUAUAUGAAAAUCAUAUAUCUGCACUGCUGUGAAGAAAUGAAUAUGAAAGAUCCUCCUAGCUAUAAACACUACUGAACUAGUAGUUGAAAUAAGACCUGAAAAAAAUUCAGGCCUGUAUGGGAUUUGAACCCAUGACCUCUGCAAUACCCGUGCAGUGCUCUACCAACUGAGCUAACAAGCCAACUGGGAGCUGGUCAUUAAGUUGCAUCCAAAUAAACCAUCCAAGUGAUGAAUAAUGUUGUAGAUAUAUGAAAAUCAUAUAUGUGCACUGUGGUGAAGAAACAAAUAUAAGAGAUCCUCACAGCUAUAAACACUACUGAACUUAGUAGUUAAAAUAAGACCUCAAAAAGGUUUGAUUUAUUUGAUUCAUUAGGAGUUGGAUUAAUUAAUUAAAACUGAUUUUAAAUCAAACUAUUGUUAGUAAUAAUUUGAAAUUACAUGAAUUUAUGACUAUGAUUCUUGUCUUCCAUCUUGUCAGGCAUUUGAGGACAGCCUUCGUAAAAACAGAUCAGUGAUAAGUAACUGGUUAAAAUAUGCUCAGUGGGAGGAGAGUCAAAGAGAAAUUCAAAGGUAGAGGAUGAAUUUGUUAUUUGAUUGAAUAGGUCCAGUUUCUGUAGUGCCUGUGGACUGGAAUUAAUGUGUAAUAUUUAUCACUUUAUGGAAUAUACAUGUAUCUUGCAUAAACCACUUGAACACCAUAACACCAGUAUCCAAAUUCUUCUUACUCUUUCCCAUACAUUUCCUUUAAUACAGAUAAGGAGAAUUUGUUUAACAAUCAAAGCUACUAAGAUUUGUGAUCAUUGUCUAAAUGAAUGAUUCAGCAGUAUUGCUGUAAGGAGAAAUAAGAUGCUGGUCACUCUUAGGGUUUGAAGGGUUAUUAGAAAUAGUGAGGUUUAAGUAUCAGAAAAAUUUUGGGCUUUAAAUAUAGGCCAGGGUAAUCAGGCAAGUGUUUAGAUUCAGAAAAUUUAGGUACAUGUUGAAUAGUUUAUUCCAUUUUUUGUCUGAACACUCCAUACCCUUAGAAAACAAUUUUGUAUCAUCACUGGAUGUGUAAGUGUCAUAUGUUUGUUUUGGUUGAAUUGAGAGGGAAAAAUAAAUAGAAGUAAGGUGAACUUUAACCCUUUACACUCUAGAAUCAAUAUCCACAUUCUCUGUACUUUUCUCUAUAAAUUUCCUUUAGUGCUGACAAGGAGAAUUUGUCGAAUGAUCAAGAGCUGCUUUACUCAGUGAUCAUUUCCUUUAUUCUCAUGACCUCAAUGUUUGACUCUUGGGUGAUAUUAUAAGGAGAAAUUAGAUGCUAGUCACUCCCAGGGGUUAAACAGUUAAAAGUACUAAACAUUUCUGAUCUAUUCUUCUGUUCAGCAGUUAUUGUUUAAUUGAAAUUUAUGAUUUCCUACUGGGAUUAGAAGUAAGAUUGCAUUGAUUUCUCUCUUACAGAGCACGGUCUGUUUAUGAGAGGGCUUUAGAUGUAGACCACAGAAAUAUCACUAUAUGGCUGAAAUAUGCAGAGAUGGAAAUGAAGUGAGUCUGUUCCUGGUUUGACAAGUGGAAAUUGUAUCUUAAUGAAACUAUUUGUAAAUAGUCCAUUUUACAGUUGUGUGCUUAGUUGCCAAGUCUUCGAACAGGAGUGAGGCUAGGGGAAACCUUGUUAUGAUACAAACCUUGCUGCUUUUCUAUUGUAAAUUACUUUGUUAUCAUGCUAACUAAAUACUGGUCUCUAUCACAACAUGGUCACCUUCACCCUCACUCCAAAUCAAAGGCAUGGCAACUAAGCACACAACUGUAAAAUGGCCUAUUAAAACUUAUAUACAGGUGUAGGCUUAAAUAGCAAUUUAUUUCUGGCAAUUAUGGAAGACCUAUGUGCUCCCUCUGUGAAAAGCUGUAUGGAAAGUGAGUCAGAAUUGAAAGCAACUGAGAAAGUGUUCUUGUUCUAAUUAAAAGCAGUGCACAAAGUAGAGGAACAUGACAAGUUGCUUGAUAAGAUAUUGAUUCUGGGUUGUGGGGUCUGGGUUCGAACCUUGAUUGGGUCAAGUUACAGUGCCUCUCUCCACCCAGGAGGGUAAAUGGCAAGAGGAGAACUGUAUAAGAAACUUUACAAGGUGUUAGGAGAGGGAAGAGAAGGGGGGAGGGUGGGUAAUUUGUGAGGGAUUAUCAUCUGUUCUGGAGUCCAGGCAGCAAUGCUACAAGUUACUUUGUGUUGACAAAAUCCAUACAGAGAUACAUGCAUGCUGCAGCAGCUUUUUGGCCUAGUCUUCUAUGCAGACUUAAUUCAUCUCAUUUUCAAAUCUGAGAUUAAAAUUUUACCUCCACAGGCAUCGCCAGAUUAACCAUGCUCGAAACAUCUGGGACAGAGCUGUCACCAUCUUGCCAAGAGUAAACCAGUUUUGGUUAGUACAUAGUGCUUCUUAGUGAUCUGUAUAUAGUUGAGGGUAUUCUGACUUGUAAAGUGCAAGUUGAUCUGCAUCAGUAAAAACAAGGAGUAAUCAAAAAGUGCUUGUGGCAAAGAUAAACUGUCAGAAGAAAAUUGAUCAUGCUAGAUAUGUUCAUUUUGUGUCUUUGAAGCAAACAUUUGAUAGUCAUUUUUUUGUUGUGGCUUCUAAACCCAUUUUCAGAAUAUGAUCUUAUGUUUAAGCUCUCUCCUCAAGCUGUCAUAUAUUUCCUUGAAAUUUAGUUGGGAGAAUUUUGUGGUUUAUCAACAUGAAGAUAUCACCAUCCAGCAGUUUACUUUCUCUCUUCCCAUAACCUGUCUGCAGGAUAUUGGGUCAAAAUUUUGAGAUGAAAUUAUUUUCAAUAUGGAAUAAGAUUUAGAGCUUAAGAGCAGUAUCAUCUGACUUAAAACAGGUACAAGUACACCUACAUGGAAGAGAUGCUCACUAAUGUUGCUGGCGCACGGCAGAUAUUUGAACGAUGGAUGGAAUGGGAGCCGGAUGAACAAGCUUGGCAUUCCUACAUUAACAUGGAGCUCAGAUACAAGGAAGUAGAUCGUGCAAGGAGUAUAUAUGAAAGAUUUGUAAUGGUCCAUCCAGAGGUGAAAAAUUGGGUGAAGUUUGCUAAAUUUGAGGAGCGACAGUCCAAUACAGGUAAAUUUUGAUUUGAAUGAUUUGCGAAUCAUCUUAUUGUUAUAAAUUGUUUUAAUCCUUUAACUUCCAUGAGUGACCAAGAAGGAAUUUCUCCCAACAAUAUCAAUACAGAAUGAAUCAGACCAGUAAUGAGAAUAAAGAAAAAGACCAAUUACUUGGAAACUAUUAUUUGGUCUGAUACCAAAUUCUCUAUACUAAUAUCAUAAGAAUAAUUGUAUGGCAGACAGGAAAGAGAAUUAAUCACAAUCUCUUGUGAGUUUAUCUCUUUACAUUGACUGACCAAAAGGCUUCCACUCGGUAGCUUUUAGUAAGAAUGAAUGAUGGACACAAUUGUAAUAUUUGGAGUCUUAUCCACUGAUUUGAAUAUACAUGACUGUACUUCUUGAUAAUAAGGAAACUUUUAUUUUUUCAGUUGGUGCAAGAGAUGUUUAUGAAAGAGCAGUGGAGUUUUUUGGGGAAGAAAAUGCAGAUGAGAAACUUUUUCUUUCAUUUGCAAAAUUUGAAGAAAACUGCAAAGAGGUAUGGAUAGAGGCUUUGAAAGAGUUAUUACUUGUAGUUAGAAUAAGUUGUUAAGAGAGCAUUAAUUGACACUUCCAUCUUUUAUCAGUUAUUUGGCGCACAUUUAUUUAAGCAAAAAGUGUCUUUUGGUGGCAAGUUAGUGCUAAAAUUGGGGUGCCUCUUAUACAGCUAAGUACUUUUGCACAACAAAAUCUGAAGAUCACAAUUUUAGCAGAACUUACAGUUUAAAAAAAACCAGAAAAGGACUUUAAAUGUUAGUCAUUAACUUUUUUUAGAUUUGGUGGUUCUGAAAAGAACUGGGUGACUCUGAAAAGAACUCUUGAAUUUUUUUGAAAAGAAUAGCAAAUCUACAGUGAUUUGAGUGAACACAAUGGUGGUUGUAUCAUUUAGUGCAUCAUACUUUGGGAUUCCUUGUGAUUGGGUUGAAUUACAGGGUUGUAGAAAGGUAUAUCAAGUGCAAAACCUUAUUUCCUCUAAUUUUCUUAUCUAUUUAUUGUACACAGCAUGAUCGUGUCAGGGUCAUUUUCCAGUAUGCUCUGAAAAUCUUACCAAAAGAGGAGUGCGAAGUAAGUGUGGAUUAUGUGUAUGCUUGUUCUCAGAGGAGCUGCUUUGCUGUUGAUACCUUUUGAAAAAUUAACCUUAGACCCCUAGUCUUCUUGUGCCUAGCAAAUCUUUGCUGUAUCUUCUUCUAAUUCUGGAGUUGCCUCGUACUUAUUUGUUUAAUUUUAUGUUACAUGUAUUUCAGGAGCUAUACAAAGCCUACACUCAACAUGAGAAGAAAUAUGGAGACAGAGGAGGGAUAGAAGAUGUGAUCGUAAGCAAGAGAAAGUUCCAGUAUGAGGAGGUUUGUCAAACUCAUUGAUAAAUGGUAACAACUGUUUUUUAUUAGAUGCAGUUUACUGCAAUUUAACAGAGUUAACAACAAAGAGCAUCAGCAUUCCCUAGUAGUCAGCAGUUUUUGCAUAUUCACAUACGUCGGAAUUCCAUGUGCUCUUCAUUUAAAGCAAUCUUUUGUGUGCUUUGAGCGUGAACUUGCAGUGUUGUUUGAAGUGGCACCUCACUGUCCAGGUAGUUUCCCUUUCCUCCGGGCGGGCUCCUGACUGGAUUGCCAGCUAUGGGAGCAGUCUCCAUCAAUCUAGGAACUGGCUGCCAAUAGGGGAAGCUCCUGGAUGUCUCAGGCACCCAACAUCUACUUAGCAAUGCAGUUGUUAAUCGCAGUGAAACUGUUGUACAAUAUGGCUGGUAGUGCCCAUGGGCAAGUGACAAUAAAUCGUGUGUUUUGAUUGGCUCCCUGAGUGGGCAAGGCCCAUUCAGAUUGCCUGCAUUGAUCCUACACAAGGAAAAAUGUUGCAUGGAGUGGACUUACAAAAUGUACUUAAUGUUUACAGCUUUCUUAUACCUAAUGUCACUGAGAGUUUUGAUAUUUAGUCAUCAAUUUUUAAACCUCUCAUAUCACAUCAUUCUUCAAUUUGUUAAAUAAAAAACAAGCACACACCAUCACAGUUGCCUCUCUUUCCCACAGCAUGCAAAUAUACAAGUCCUUCUUUAUUCUUAUCAAAGCUAAAUUUUUGUUGCUAUAUGAUACUGUUGUAAAUCCGUCAUUGACCAAGCUUGUUCAGUCAAGAUGGCUGGAAAUUAGCCUUGUUCUUUUUUUGCAAAACAUGAAAAAAGAACAGGCCAACAAUGUAUAUAUGAAACUGUUGGCAUCUUCAUAUAUUGGCACUCAAUGUAAUUCUUAUCAUGGACACUUUUCCAUGUUGUAAGAAAAAAUUUAUUGCUUCAGUCUUAUCAUCAGAAAGCUACAUAUUUUAAGGAAUAUCAAGUAUCAUAUGUUUCAUAAUAUGUAUUUGAGGUUAUACAUGUGUAUCUAAAUACAUGCAGGCUCCCUGAGAAUUUUAUAUUUUGAUCAAAUCCUAGUUCUUAGCACAUGUCCACUAGACACAUUGAAAUAUUGUUAGAAGGAGAAUUUCUGCUCUAAUCACUGCUACUUUAACUUCUUAAAGUCAGAGAGGGAAGGUUCCUAGUUCAUUCAGGUGGAUAAAUGUUAUCACCUGUGGGGCAAAAUUACUGAAUGCUGAUUGGCUGAGACAGAGGGCACUUUUAUUUUUCUUAAUCACGAGUGCACUUUUGGUUAUCAAGAGGGCAUGAUUUCUUGAUGCUGAUUGAGCCUUUUUACUGUUUGCAGAAGUGAAUUAUUGAUUGCAAUUUAACUGAAAGAUGCAGUGUAACAUUAGCUGACCUACACACUUUUACAUUUUGCAAAAACAUACAUGCAGGUUCCCUGAGAAUUUAAUAUUCUAUUAUUUAAGAAUACAAAUCUCCUGGCUGAUAAAAUCCUAAUUCUCAGCACAUGUCCACUGGACACAUUUACAAAUUGUCAGAAGGAGAAUUUCUGCUCAAAUCGCUGCGGCUGCUUCAACCCCUUAACCUUUUAAGUCCCAGAAGUGAUUAACAUGUAACUUCUCCCUAUAAUAUGUAAACAUUAUCCAGAAAACAGGUAAUGAGAAUACUCAAACUUAUCAGGUAGAAGUUGUUAUCUUGAUCUAACACCAGAUUUGUGUUACUAAUUCACAAGGAAAUGUGUAGCAGCUGGAGGGGAGAAUUAACAAUCAGAUCUUGGGAGUUAAAGGGUUAAAGUCAAAGGAUAAGGUUCACUGAGCACAUUCAGGUGGAUAUACCUGUUAGGCACAACCUUCUUCUUUUCUUUACCACUGCUAGCAGUAAUUUUGCCCAUUGCGGUCAUUAUAAGUAGAAAGGUGAAGAAGAUGAUUGGAAAUGAACAGAGUUAGAAAAAUACAAUAAGUAAAAUUUUAUACCUAUUUCUGAGAAAAUUUCUAUUUACAUGUAGAAGGUAAUUUUUGAUCAGUAAAUUUUUUGUCAGGGUUAAGGAUUUUGAAUGAAUAAUUUUGGUUGAAAACUCUCACAGGGUGAAAAUUAAUUGUGGUUACCCUUGUCUGGCUAUUGUGUGGAGUGACUGAAAAAAUAAGAUUUGAACUUGAAAUUAUAUACUCCAGAACAUGUAAUUUGUAUAACUUCCUAGUUACAUUGCUAUUGAAACAUAUACACACAUCAGGAUCCGUUGCCAUUUGAAGUGGACCUCAUAAAGCAAUCAAAUGUCUACCUUUUUUUUUUCCUUGGAAAAUGUUUCUAAACUAAAUUGCUGUUAUCCCUUUAACACUUGCAUCAUUUUUCAUUUUCUUUAUACUGUUCUCCAUGUAUUUUUUAAUGUGUUGACAAGGAGACUGUAUUUAACAAUCAAUUAUGGCCUUAAUAUCUGAUUUGGGGGGGAGUAAUUAGAUGCCGGUCACUCUGAGGGUUUGAAGGGUCAUUGCAAUGGUCUCCAAUAAAAAUAUUUUUGGCACUGACCAAGUUCAUGCAAUUGGAUCUGUUGAAGUGUCUAUCUUGAUUCUCUUGUUUUUCAAACCUAGAUGAAACAGUUCCUGAAUGAUCAAAUACUUUUAUACAGUGAUUGUCUCAAUGGAAAGUAUGAGUGAAGUUUUUGAAGGUUCAUAAAGACUGAAGAUUAAUUUGUUAAUAAGCCCUGAAUAAAGUAUAACUAAAAAUUAUAGACAGUGAGUAUAAGUCAAGUAUUUAAAAUAUUUUUAUUCAUCCUGACUACAAAACAUCCAAAAAAGUGAAGUACAGUUUAUUCUUAAAAUUACUACCUGUAUGUACAGUGCAUCAAUUGAUUUAAUUGGUAAAAUGGAAUUAAGAAGGAAAACAAAUCCACCAGAGUGCUAAAUGGGUAUAUCAUAUAAACAUGCAUAUAAAUAUUGAAUAAAUUGCUAAGAAGAAAGUUCAACCUAUUGGAGGCAAACCAGCUGGUUGUUUACAUUACACCGUUUAGAGUUAAACUUUAAAUUGCAUGCAGUGAGUACAAGUCAAGUAUUUAACAUACUUCUUCAGUUAACAUUUUAUUCACCCAAACUAAAAAUCUUCCCCAAAAAAAUUACAUUAAUUUGCUACCUAGAAUUACUGGGACUGUACAGUGUUUCUUUUGAUUAUGAUUGGUAAAUGGAACAAAAAGGGCAGCAAAUUAAGCUGAUAGCUAAAAGAGUACAUUGUACAAACAUAAGUAUUAUUAAAUUGUUAGAAAGUUAAUCUUAUUUAGUCACUAAGGCAAACUAGUUGGUUGUUGACAAAGCACAGGGAAGAAGUUGUUUUUAACCCUUUUAACUCCCACGAGUGACCAAGACAGAAUUUCUCCUUACAAUAUCAAUACAAUGUCAACCACAGAGAGAUGAGAAUAAAUAAAAAUAUCAAUUUGGGGAUAAUUAGUUGACCCAAUACUAAAUUCUCUGAACUAUCAUCUUAAGAAUUGUAUGGUUUUCAGUAAGGAGAAUUACAAAUUUGAUCUGGGAUUUAAAGGGUUAAGACUUCUGGGAAACAAAUCUCAUGGAGUGGAUGGUUAGGACCUGGGAACUCUGGACCUCAAUUCCAGUGGCUUCACCCUUUAACUCCAAGAGGUGAUUAACAUGUAAAUUCUCCUUAUGAUUCCAAUAUGUUAUUUUGUAGAGAGGUUAUGAGAAAAGACAAACUUAUCAGCUGAGGGUAUUAUUCUGAUGUAAUGCCAAAUUCUCUUGUUGGAUGUAUGGCAGUCAGUGGGGAGAUUUACGUAUUGGAUCUUUGAAGUUAAAGGGUGAAGCCACUUGGCGUUGCUCUUUCUACAACUUCCAAUCACAUAACAUUGGAGCAAGCCAUAAAAUAUUUUUACCUAACUACUUAAAACCCCUUUAUGCAAGGCACAGGAGUGUGCUGUUCCUACUGAUUAUGUCUUUAUGGUAGUUCUUUGCCCUAAUAAUGGCUGUGUCUUCCCGAAAUAAAAGAAAGUGAAAGGCAGACGUCACGAAGAAAAGUUAAAUCUAUCUUAGACUCGUUCAUGUUUCCUUUUCUGAAGACAAUUUUCCUAUAUGUCUGGCUGCUCAUGGUGUAUUGGUCAAUCUUGUGCUUACCCCCCUCCCCCUGGUUUCUGUAUUUGCAGGCUAACGAUGCAUUUACACCGUUGAGUGUUUCUGCCACUUGUGAAAUUUUUCCUUAUAAAAAUAAUUCGAUUUUCAUUUUCUCUAUCAUUCAGCAUUUGAAUGAUUCUUAGAAUAGUAUCACAUUCACUUCAGUAUGUAUAUUUUCUUAGCUUUAAGGCUUGUGACUAGUAUACGUCCAUCUGGCGUUGUUACAAUGUGCAGUGGACUUUGUAAAGGAACGGUAGUUUUGCCGCGAAAGUGACCGUCCAAAGAAAAUCGCUGAACUCUGUUAUUGUCUGAGUCACAAACAAGAAGGUUUUUGAAGCCGUCUAAACACAUGCCACGGGGUGAGUUGAACUGUCCUUCUUGAUUCCCUUUUUUGCCAAACUUGUACAGGAAAGUGUUUGACGCAUCAAAUGCUUUUAUGACGUGAUUGUCUCUUUCAGUUACCAGGAAAAUGUUUUUGUAAGGAAUGCAGCUGUAUGGUGUGCUGAGUUUCUCUGGACCACUGUCUCCUACUGUGAAUAUAGCUUCGCCCUCUUUUGACAUUACUUGAACUCUAUUGUUAUGGAAUUCAGUGACAACAAUACGUUCUGUGUCGUCAACACAAACACUAAGUGGGGUUUCAAAGUGUCCUUUUCCCUCACCUUUUUUUCCAAAGGUUUUUAUAACAACUCCUGUCUGGAUAUUUAUAUGUUGAAUUCUAUUAUUGAUUUGAUCUGCAAUAAGAAUUUCUUUGUCGUUUAAAUAUGACGCAUCAACUGGAUUUGUGAAUUGUCCAGGGUGUUUUCCUUUCUCUCCAAAUUGUUCCAAACAUUUCCCUUCUUUAUUGAAUACAAAAACACAGUGUCCAUCAUAAUCUGCAACAGCUAUGUCGCCUUGCUUAUUUAUGGCGAUUCCAAUUGGUCCCUUGAACCCUUGCCCUUGGUUGAACUUCAAGUCUAAUUCACCGACUACAACAAGUUGAUGUUCUUCCACUGGUAUAGUGAACGGAGAGGUCGGAAGAUUUUCGCCAUUAAUCUUCACUUCAACGUCGUAGGCGCCAGGCACUUCAGGUGUAAACUUCAGCCUAAGAUUGCCUUCCCCUUUUUCUUCAACGCUCACGUUUGUGACAUCUUUGGUGGGUUUUAUCAGCAAUUCAACUUGAUCGUUAAGAUCGGCCUGGUUACAAAUCUCUCCCUCUGCUGUUUUUGGACAUAACGUGAACUCUGCUUCUACACCAGCUUGGAAAGUUUGAUGCAGUCCUUCUACAGUUGAUGUAGCUGCUUUUGCCGGUUUUUCGGUGAGUUGAAUAAAACCCAGUUUCAAGUGUUGUUGCGAUGCCGCGGUAAAUUUGACAAAUGUUGUUGGAUGAUGCCUUGAAAUCUCAACUCCACGAAGCUCUUGAAAUUUCUGCUUCAAAGUUGUCUUGGUCUUUAUAAUAUCCCAGCCUGGGCUUCUCUGCACGAGAUUUUCCGCAAACUCAGCCGCUUGGUGUAUUUGUUUUACCAGCGAUUCCAGUUCUUGUUUAGCCGAGUUAAUUUUCUCUAUUCUCUUUCUACGCGUCAUUUCUAAGGACUCUAAGAGCUGUUUUUUUUGCUGUAGCGUCUUUGUGAUCACGUGUUCAGCUGCCUCAGACACUUGUUGCUUAGCGAUUGCGAUAAUCGUUUCCACAUCCUCAGAGGUUUUCUCAAAUUUUCUUAUCUCUUCUUGUAACAAGUUUGCCUUUUCCUUGAUGGUCUGGACGUCCAACAUGAUGAAUUUCGUAUCCUCCUUCGCUGCCUUUUCAAUAUCGUCGAACUCAUGGCAUUGGUGGUUUUUGGCUAAGCAAACAGGACAAAUACACGCUUCGCAGGAAGAGCAGAAAUAUCGCAGUCUUUCUUUCUUGUGUUGCGAGCAAAAUGGCGGCUUCAGCAAGGCCUCACGAUCUUCCCUUUCAAGGAGACCUAACAAACUAUUAUGGAGAAAGCUGGUUGGCAAACAGUCGAAGCGAUUACCUUCUGGUAGAUUGAUUUCCGCCUGACACUCGGGGCAUCUGAAUUUGCCUUGUCUUUGGUUUUGUCUGGCAUGUUCCUCCAAACACUUGCAGCAAAAAGUGUGGAAGCACGAAAUUAUUUUUGGGUCUGUGUAAGUAUCGAGACAAAUUGAACAUGUGACUUGUUUCUUGAGGUUUUCCACGAGAGGUUCCAUCAUGAUCGCCUUGAAGUACAGAUUAUUGAAGAGACGAAUACAAACAGACAAUUGUGAAAUCUAAGGUUUAAUUUCGGAAAAAAAAAAACAGAAAACAGAACAAAGUCUGUGACUGCAGAGUUUUUACGACCAAUCACAUUCAAGGACGUAGUUGAAUUUUUUUGCAUCCUCAUCUGCUAUUUCCUCGUUUAUUAUGAAUCAACUUUGUCGGUAGUGCUGAAACCUUGAAACCGUGGCACGCUCCUUUAAAUGUUUUUACAUGCAGGGCAAGAUUACUGAAUACUGAUUAGCUGAGACAAAAGGCAAUUUUUUUUCCUAAUUACGAGGGCACUUCUUCAAGAGGGCAUUAUUACUUGUUUCUAGUGAGCCUUUUUGCUGUUUGUGGCGACGAUUUAUUGAUUGUAAUUAAAUUGAAUGAAGCAGUGUAACGUUAUGAACUGUUUUCCGCUACUUCUGCCACUUAUCAGGCAAAACGAGGUACGCAAAGACUAAUUGGACAGGGUAACGCCGAAACGGUCUGUCGCGUUCACGAAAAACGGUCGUUUUUUGUGUCCACCCUCACCUGGACGAUCUACAAAUCAGACAGCACAAUCAGUUCACAACGAGACGACAGAUCCGUCGUUUACAGUUGGAUUGUCCGUGUUACUCUUAAAAUUUCAUCGAUGUCCCGUUCGUGAAAAGCAAUUUUGCUGGUGGCUUUACAUAAGGACAGACAGUACUUAAAAAUAAAUUGGAACAAACAGCCAUUGUUUCAGAUUCCCAGAAAUCAAAACAAAGUCCGUGUCAGCUGAUCUAUUUUUGUCCUGUCGCUUUCCUUGGCUUAGUUGAUAUCUUUGUAAAGUUAAGUUGUUUAUCUAUUGCGUCCUGAAAUAAAUAUGUAUUGGACUGAAAACUUUUUAUAUAGAAGUCCUUACUCUAAAGAUCAAGAUAAACGAUAAGAAUCGGUAAAUGUCUUUGCACGUGUGGAGACAAGUAUGCGGAUCAGAUUUUAAAAUGAAUAUGCAAAUUUGUCAGUGUCUGAAAAGGUCUCAUUAAUGAACUUUAUAAAUAAGACGGAAGUGGCCAAGGAACGUUUCGGGAUGAAAGCUUCGUUCAAAACAGUUCUUAAUCUGUUCUUAAUUUCCUUUUAAAAGCGAAAAACGUGCGAAUUUCUUAUGUGCACGACACCCACAAAAUUCAUCAUGCUUAGAUCGUUGUUUACUUGACUUCACGGCCAGAAAAUUGCGCAGCGUUAAGUUAAAAAUUGUGAAAGUUCUACGUUUUGACUCAAAAUCUUCGAUUACACGAUACUUUUUGGACAUCCCUUUACCGAAACAUAAUAUUUACCGGGCCUUGGAAUCUUCAUAAUGUCGUGAGGCCUCGCCUGAAAUUCCGGAAAGUACGGCCCCGAUUUGCAUCGCGUCAGUGAACCGUAGUGUUGUUGGCUCAGUGGUGUUGUUGACUUUUAAGACUUUGAUGUCCAUUCGUUACCGAGCAAAGUAUUCUACAGCAUUUUUGCUUUCCAUUUUGUGUUCCAGAAGGUCUAUCAUGAUCGGAAAAUAACGGAAAAUCCGACUUGAAAAUAUUGAAGACGGACGCACGGACGCACGGACGCCAAUUUUCUAUAUUUUAUCAUUUCUUGUGAACGCUUAAAAUGACGCUUUUCUGUUACACCCCAAAAGGAUUAAAAUAUCGGUGCAAAAGAUAGAUACUGAUUGCUUUAUAGAUUCUCUAACAACAUAGGAAGUGUGGAGACAAAAUUCUGCUUAGUAGGGGAGGUAUGGGGAAAAGUGUCUCUCUCACGAGUCCACCGCGCUGCAUGGGCGGUUAUCGGCGGUUUAGUUGUCAACGUGUUAUUUAAAAGAAGGAAAGAAAUCGUGGCCUGUUACUUAAACGAAAACUUCAGGGCGUUAUGGCAGGGAGAGAUUUAGAUAAGCAAAGUGUAAAAGCGCAAAACGUGCUUGAAAGAUUGAUCAUUUCACGAGAUUAUCGCCCUCCGUAGUUCUUAAAAAUGUGUUCAAAGCUUCUUUCCCUCCUCCCCUUCUUUUUUUAUGAAUUUUUUAUGAAGAGUUAAUCUUUAAGAUUGUUCCACGUUCGUGAAGGACUAAAUUUACAAACUUUAAGCAGUCUACAUACAAGCAACGAAUCUUUGAAAUAUGCUUUUCUUAACAAACAAUUUGUUGAGAAAUACAUUUAAUCCUGUGAACCCGAAACAUUUUUGUUGAUAAAAUUAUUGCUUGAACAAAGUCUGUUUGUGUACGAUGUCUCCAAUGUAAAAGAACUAAACAAAAAAACGUGAAAAAACAAAUUAAAAAACCAUUGACCCAAAAGUAAAAAUAGUGUCUGAACCCAUCUGGACUAGUGGAUUACUUAUAGUAAUCAAAUGUUUCGGCUCAGAAAAUGACCAACUAAACUAAAUUGCUGACAGAUUUCUGUUAGUCCAAUGGUCUUAAAAAGAAAAGAUUCUAGGAGCCGACGUCACUUAUUCCAUGGCGUCUAUUUUAAGUAUCCAUCUAGAUUCCCUUGAUUUCCAAACUUGGGUCAGAAAGUUCCUACGUGAUGAAAUGUUUUUAUGCUGUGAUUUGAAAAUUCAGACAGGCUGAACAUUAAUUUAGUAAUAGGUACUUAACCCUCUUCCCCAAGAGUUACUAGUAUCUAAUAUCUCUUAACAAUUUCACUCCUGAAUUAGAUAUUAAGGUAAAGAGAAUAAAGGAAAUGAUCACCAAUGAAAGAAACUCUAGAUUGUUAAACAAAUUCUCCAUGGCAGCACCUUAGGAAACUUAUAGAGAAGAGUAUAGAGAAAUUGCACACUGAUGUUAGGUUUUUAAGGGUUAAUGGAGUUUAACUUAAAAUUGCAUGCAAUGAGUAGAAGUCAAGUAUUUAACAUAUUGUUAUUCACCUAAACUAACCAUCUACCAAAGCAAAAAAAUGAAAUACCUUUGCUUCCAAGCUUUAUUGAGACUGAAUGUACAGUGUAUCAAUUUAUUAUGAUUGGUAGAUGGAACAAAAAGGACAACAAAUGAACCUUAUCGCUAGUUUGAUAUGUUUUAUAGACAUAAAUAUCAUCAAAAUUGUUGGAAAGUUCAUCUUAUUUAGUCCGCAAGGCAAACUAGUCGGUUGUUUACAGAACACAGGCAAGAAGUUGUUUUUUAAGACUUCUGAGAAAUAAGUAUCAUGGAACGCCAGAGUGGAUGCUUAGGACCUGGGUACUUUAGAUCUCGAUUCCAGAGCCUUCACCCUUAAAAUCCAAGAGAUGAUUGAAAUAUAAAUUCUCCUUAUGAUUCCAAAAUGUUGUCUUGUAGAGAGGUUACGAGAAAAGACAAGCUUAUCAGCUGGUGGGUGUUAUUCUGAUGUAACACCAAAUUCUCUUUUCGGAUUUAUAGAGAAAUGUAUGACAAUUAGUGAGGAGAUAUACUAAUUGGAUCUUUUAAGUCAAAGGGAGAAGCCAUUUGGUCCUUGAAACAUUUUUUCCUAACUACUUGAAACCCCUUGUAGAAGGCACAGAAAUGUGAGGUUCCUAUUGAUCGUGUCUCUAUUUCUGUUGCUUUUUCUCUCUUCAGCGAAGUUUUCUUUAGAUUACAUUAGACCAUGUGGUAGUUCUUUGCCCUGAUAAGGGCUGUCUUUCUGAAGUAUCUGCUUUUCUUAUUCGACCAGAUGAAGUGAAAGGCAGACCUCACGAAGAAAAGUAAAAUCUAUAUCUUAAACUAGUUCAAGUUUCCUUUUCGAAAGAUAUAAUUUUCUUAUAUGUCUGACUGCUCACACACCGAAUUCAUAAAUGGCGUCCUCUCGGAACACAUGAAAACGAGGUCGAAAAAGCCUCUCAACGAAAGGGCAACUUUAUAUCGAGAAGCUUUUCACGGUACUUCAAACUCAGAAUAUUGGCGUUCUUUUGUUUAUUAUUGUUCAUGGUAGAAUAUCUGGGAGACUAUAUGAAAGUUUUGGAGUUUUGAAACCUCGUAAGAAGUCUUUUCUUGUGAAUAAGAACUCGGAAAGAAAACCUGAGAAAACAGUGGAUUCACGUAAUAACAAGGGAUUUUGGGAAGAAUUUCUCUAUAUCAAAUUCCACCCAGGUUUUCUCAAGGCAUUUUAAGGCUGAAGUUUUCAAGACUACUCUAACGCACGAGGUGUCUUAAAAACCGGGAGUAGUACCCUCAAUUUUUGCGUGGAAACGAAGUUCUUCACGAAAACGACCUCCACCUACUCCUCAUUUGACAAAUAGGAAAUAAAUUUUGAUUGAGAAGCUGCAGGAAGGAAGUCUAGAAACUGUUGGAACUUCUAUCGUAAUUCCAUUAUCUUCAUUUUCAUCGACAACAACGACCGAUUUACAACCUCCAGUGACAGAACCAGAUUCUUAUUUCCCCGAGCGUCAAUCCGUGAAAGAUACCAAAAUUUUUGAACUAGAGGACCAGAUUGCUGUAUUGUUAUCCAAGAACAAGAAAUUGGAGGAAGAGGUUUCGUUCUUGGAAGAAAAAUGCUGUGAUCUAAAUGAGACAUGCGUAACACUGCUUUCACUUGAAAAUAUCAAAACAAACACUUCACUUCUAACAUUUUACACUGUUUUUCCAAACUUCUAAACGAUGAUGGCUUUAUUUGAAUUCCUGGACCCUGGUACCAAUGGAGAAAAUAUCAAUUAUUGGUUAUCUGGUAAAAAGACUGUCUAGUCUAAUAGUAGUAAUGAGAAAUUAUGAAAGCAGGGAAGGACAAGAUUCUUACAACCGUUAGAUGAGUUUUUUCUCACAAUUUGUAGACUCAGACAAUGUUUAGCUGAACAACAUCUUGCCAACUUAUUUCAAAUUCCUCAGUCGACUGUCAGUCGAAUUUUUAUUACAUGGAUCAACUUCAUGUACUUAAAACUUGGCCAGCUAAAUAUUUGGCCAUCCAGAAAACUUGUUGAUGAGACAAUGCCAAAGGAUUUCAAGGCUAAGUACCCUUCAAUAAGAGUGAUCAUUGAGUGCACAGAGAUUCGCAGCGGAAUUCCAAGUAGUCUUCUUUUAACUAGUGAACUGUUUAGUUCUUAUAAACACCAUACCUCUUAGAAGGGAUUAGAAGAAAUUUCACCCAAGGGGUCCUUCUCGUUUAUUGGACAGUUGUACACAGCCAGCAUAUCAGACAGGGAAAUGGUUGAGCGCAGUGGUUUUCUAAACCUCCCUUUUUAACUCGUGAAUUGCGCGCAUGCGCAAGAGCGAGUUGUAGAUACGCUGUGGGGAAUAGCACUCGCUCGCUCGAUUGGUCGAUUCCUGUAAACUUUUUUUCGAUUUUAGGCUUUUGGUAGUUUUUGGCGAGCAAUAAACAAACGAAAUGGCGACCUUUGUUGCUAGGAAUAGUGGUGGGGUGAAAAAGAAGCCAAUGAUAAUCUUAAAAUAGUUUUUUUUUUUCGUUUUAGUUUCAACAAGCGGCGCCAGCGAUUGGCAGGCAUGCAAGGAUUCAUACUGAAAUAACAGAACAACCUUCGUUUUUCAUAAAAUUGUAAUUUACAAUCCUUGAACUUGAAAGCAAUCCGAAGAUUCAUUGAAAAUAUCACUUACUGCGAAGCGCUCGGAGUUUACAGAUGUUCAAAAGCUUUUUCUGUUAUGGCGUGAGAUUGAGGAGAAUAUCGAUCACUACGUUUCGUAUCAUGUGUUUUUCCUGUGUGAAACAACAAAAGAUGCCGGCGACUGACGAAAUUACAAGUUAUCACGAAAAUCAAAUAACACCUAAACAAACAAUUUUAGCUACCGAUUUUCAGUGAAUUUUUAAAGAACAAUUUUCUUUUAAGUUUCAAGAUAAUUUGAAGAUUCAAAAUACAUAUUACGUACUAAAAUGCGAAAGUUUUACACCACAAAAUUGAUAAAUAGGCCUGAAAUGAAAUUCUAUCUUGUUAUUGAUUAUACGUUGCCUAGCACGUGACUAAAAUCUUGGUCAUGGGCCAAUUUUGUGCUUACCCCCUCCCCUUAGUUUCUCUAUUUUAAGGCUAAAGAUGCAUUUAAACCGUUGAAUGUUUCUGCCAUUUGUGAAGAAAUUUCUUCUUAAAAAUGAUUCGAUUUUAGUUUUCGCUUACAUACAGCAUUUGAAUGAUUUGUAGAAUAGAAACACAUUCACUUCAGUAUGUAUAUUUUCUUAGCUUUACGGCUUGUGACUAGCAUACGCCCAUCUGGCGCCGUUAUAAUUUGAAGUGGACCUUGUAGAGGAAAGGUAGUUUUGCCUUUAAAGCGGCCGUCUAAAGAAAAUUGCUGAACUCUGUCAUUGAAAUAGUCACAAACAAGAAGGUUAUUAGAGCUGUCUAAACACAUGCCACAGGGCGAGUUGAACUGUCCGUCUUGAUUGCCUUUUUCGCCAAACUUGUACAGGAAAGUGUUUGACGAAUCGAAUGCUUUUAUGACGUGAUUGUCUCUUUCAGUUACCAGGAAAAUGUUUUUGUAAGGAAUGCAGCUGCUUGGUGUGCUGAGAUUCUCUGGACCACUGUCUCCUAUUGUGAAUAGAGCUUCGCCCUCUUUCGACAUUACUUGAACUCUAUUGUUAGAGAAUUCACUGACAACAAUACGUUCUGUAUCGUCAAGGCAAAUACUAAGUGGAGUAUUAAAGUGUCCUUUUCCCUCACCUUUUUUUCCAAAGGUUUUUACAACAGAUCCUGUCUGGAUAUUUAUAUGUUGGAUUCUAUUAUUUGAUUUAUCUGCAAUAAGAAUUUCGUUGUUGUUUAAAAAUAACACUCCAGCUGGAUAUUUGAAUUGUCCAGGAUCUGCUCCUUCUUUUCCAAUUUGUUUUAAACAGAUCCCAUCUUUAUUGAAUACAAAAACACAGUGUCUAAGAUUAUCUACAACAGCUAUGUCGCCUUGCCUGUUUACAGCGAUUCCAGUGGGUCCUUUGAACCCCUGCCCUUUGUUGAACUUCAAGUCCAAUUCACCGACCACGACAAGUUGACGUUGUUUCACUGCCAACGUGAACGGAGAGGUAGAAAGCUUUUCGCCAUUAAUCUUCACCUCAACGCUGUAGGGGCCAGGCACCAUAGGUGUAAAUUUCAGCUUAAGAUUGCCGUCUCCUUUUUCUUCAACACUUUCGUUUGUAACAUCUUUGGUGGGUUUUAUCAGCAAUUCAACUUGAUCGUUAAGAUCGGCCUGGUUACAAAUCUCUCCCUCUGCUGUUUUUAGACAUAACGUAAACUCUGCUUCUACACCAGCCUGGAAAGUUUGAUCCAGUCCUUCUACAGUUGAUGUAGCUGCUUUUGCCGGUUUCUCGGUGAGUUGAAUAAAACCCAGUUUCAAGUCUUGUUGCGAUGCCACGGUAAAUUUGACAAAUGUUGUUGGAUGAUGCCUUGAAACCUCAACUCCACGAAGCUCUUGAAAUUUCUCCUUCAAAGUUGUCUUGGUCUUUAUAAUAUCCCAGACUGGGCUUCUCUGCACGAGAUUUUCCACAAACUGAGCCGCUUGGUGUAUUUGUUUUACCAGCGAUUCCAGUUCUUGUUUAGCCGAGUUAAUUUUCUCUAUUCUCUUUCUACGCGUCAUUUCUAAGGAGUCUAAGAGCUGUUUUUCUUGCUGUCGCGUCUUUGUGAUCACGUGUUGAGCUGCCUCAGACACGUCUUGUUUAGCGAUUGCGAUAAUCAUUUCCACAUCCUCAGAGGUUUUCUCAAGUUUUUCUAUCUCUUCUCGAAACAAGUCUACCUUUUUCUUGAUGGUGUCGACGUUCGACAUGAUGUAUUUCCUAUGCUCCUGCACUGCCUUUUCAAUAACGUCGAACUCAUGGCAUCGGUGAUCUUCGGCGAAGCAAACAGGACAAAUACACGCUUCACAGGAAGAGCAGAAAUAUCGUAGUCUUUCGUUCUUGUGUUGCGAGCAAAAUGGCGGCCUCAGCAAGGCCUCGCGAUCUUCCGUUUCAAGAAGACCUACCAAACUAUUUUGGUGAAAGCUGGUGGGUAAACGGUCGAAGCGAUUACCUUCUGGUAGAUUGAUUUCCGCCUGACACUCGGGGCAUCUGAAUUUGCCUUGUCUGUGGGUUUUGUUGCAUGUUCCUCCAAACACUUGCAACAAAAAAGUGUGGAAGCACGAUAAUAUUUUGGGGUCUUUGUAAGUAUCGAGACAAAUUGAACAUGUGACUUGUUUCUUGAGGUUUUCCACGAGAGGUUCCAUCACGAUCGCCUUGAAGAACAGAUUAUUCAAGCGACGAAUACAAACAGACAAUUGUGCAAUCAAAGAUUUAAUUUUUAACUCCGAGAAAACAGCACAAAGUCCUUGACAGCUAAGUUUUUUUGCGGCCAAUCACAUUCAAGGACGUAGUUGACCUUUUUGUAACGUUAUGUCAGUGUUGUUUCCUCGUGUAAAAUGAAUAGACUUAGUCGGUCGUGCUGAAACCUUGAAACCGUGGAAGGCUCCUUUUAAAUAUUAUCACAAAAUUUCUGAAAGCUGAUUUGCUGAGACUGAUGACAUUUUUUAUCAAUCACGAGGGAUUUUUUGGUAAUCAAUAGGGCAUGAUUACUUAAUGCUGAUUGAGCCUUUUUUAUGUUUGCGGCAACGGUUUAAUGAUUGGAAUUCAACUGAAUGAAGCAGUGUAACGUUAUUAACUGUAUUCAGCCACAUAUGCAGGACUAUAACUUUCCAGCAGUUUUGUCACGCAGAGCGCUCAAAGACUAAUUGGAUAGGCUAACGCCAAAACGGUCUGUCGCGUUCACGAGCAACAGUCGUUUUUGGGUCUACCCUCACCCCGACGAUCAUACAAAUCAUACAACACAAUCGAUUCACAACAAGACAACAGAUAUGUCCUGUGCGGUUAGAGUGUACGUCUUAGUCUUAAACUGUCAUCGAUGUACCGUUCGUGUAAACAAUUUUGCCGGUGGUUUUCUCUAAGAACAGAAAAUGCUUUAAAAAUAUUGGAACAAACAGCCUUUGUUUCCGAUUCCUAGAAAACAACACAAAGUCCGUGUGAGCUGAUCUAUUUUUGUCUUGUCACUUUUGUUUGGCUUAGUUGACCUUUUUGUAACGUUAAACUGAUUAUCUCGUGCGUUUUUAAAAGUAAAUAUCUAUCUGUCUGAAAGCUUUAUUGUUAGAAAAUCCGUUGUUUGAGUUUUAUUUUUAAUGAAAUAGCAAAUAAUUCAUGGCUUGUUACUGAAAGGAAAACUUCGGGGCCUUAUGGCGAGGAGAGAUUUAGAUAAGCAAGGUUGAAAAGCUCUAAACGUGCUUGAGAGACUCUCAUCAUUUAACGAUAUUAUCGCCCUUCAUUGUUCUUAUAAAUGUGUUUAAAGCUUCUUUCCCUCUUCCCCUUGUUUUUUCAUCAAUUUUCUGUCUACUGUCAGAUUCGGUCUUAAAGAUUGUUCCACACUCGUGAAGGACUAAAUUUACAAAUUUUGAGCAGUCUACGUACAGGCGACGCUUCUUUGAAAUAUGCUUUCAUUAUCAAACAAUUUGUUGAGAUAUGCAUUUAAUCCUGUGAACCCGUAACAUUUUUGUUGCUAAAUUGUUGCUAGAACAAGUUUUUGUAGAAAAGGUCGUUGUCGACAGGUUGUUCUCUAAAGACUGUUUGUGUAAGAAAUUUGCUUUAAAAUAUGAAUGAUUCGACUUUAGUGUCUGCUGGCAUACAUGCAGCAUUGAAUGAUUCGUAGAAUAGUAACACAUUCACUUCAGUAUAUAUAUUUUCUUAGCUACAAGGCUUGUGACUAGUAUACGCCCAUCUGGCGCUGUUAUAAUUUGAAAUGGACUUUGUAAAGGAACGGUAGUUUUGCCCGUAAAGUGACCGUCCAAAGAAAAUUGCUGAACUCUGUUAUUGAAAUAGUCACAAACAAGAAGGUUAUUAGGGCCGUCUAAACACAUGCCACGGGGUGAGUUGAACUGUCCAUCUUGAUUCCCUUUUUCGCCAAACUUGUACAGGAAAGUGUUUGACGGAUCAAAUGCUUUUAUGACGUGAUUGUCUCUUUCAGUUACCAGGAAAAUGUUUUUGUAAGGGACGCAGCUGUAUGGUGUGCUGAGUUUCUCUGGACCACUGUCUCCUAUUGUGAAUAGAGCUUCGCCCUUUUUUGACAUUACUUGAACUCUGUUGUUAGAGAAUUCACUGACUACAAUACGGUCUGUAUCAUCAAGGCGAAUACGAAGUGGAUUCUUGAAGUGUCCUUUUCCCUCACCUUUUUUUCCAAAGGUUUUUACAACAGAUCCUGUCUGGAUAUUUAUAUGUUGGAUUCUAUUAUUUGCUUGAUCUGCAAUUAGUAAUUCGUUGUUGUUUAAAAAUAACACAUCAUAUGGAUAUUUAAAUUGUCCAGGAUGUGUUCCUUCUUUUCCAAUUUGUUUUGAACAGUUCCCUUCUUUAUUGAAUACAAAAACACAGUGUCCAAGAUUAUCUACAACAGCUAUGUCGCCUUGCGUGUUUACAGCGAUUCCAGUUUGUCGCUUGAACUCCUGCCCUUGGUUGAACUUCAAGUCCAACUCACCAACUACGACAAGUUGACGUUCUUUCACUGCCAAAGGGAACGGAGAGGUAGAAAGCUUUUCGCCAUUAAUCUUCACCUCAACGCUGUAGGCGCCAGGCACUUUAGGUGUAAACUUCACCGUAAGAUUUCCGUCUCCUUUUUCGUGAACAGUCACGUUUGUGACAUCUUCGGUGGGUUUUAUUAGCAAUUCAACUUGAUCGUUAAGGUCGGCCUGGUUACUAAUAUCUCCUUCUGAUGUGUUUGGACACAAGGUAAACUCUGCUUCUACACCAGCUUGGAAAGUUCGGUCCAGUCCUUUUACAAUUGAUUCAGCUGCGAGUUGAAUAAAACCCAGUUUCAAGUCUUGUUGGGAUGCCGCGUUAAAUUUGGCAAAUGUAGUCUGGUGAUGUUUUGGAACUUCAACCCCACGAAGCUCUUGAAAUUUCUGCCUCAAAGCUUCUUUGUUCAGCAUUAUAUCCGAGCUUGAGCUUCUCUGCACCAGAUUCUCCGCAAACUCAGCUGCUUGGCUUAUUUGUUUUACUAAGGAUUUUACUUCCUGUUUAGCCGCGUUAAUCUUCUCAAGUCUCGACAUGCGUGUUGUUUCCAGGGAUACAAUCGCUUCUCGCUCGCGCUGUCGAAUGUUUGCUAUCAUUUGUUCGGCUGUUCGCGAGACUUCUCGCUUGGCUGUUGCGAAAUUUCUAUCAAGCUCAGAAAUCGUUUCUUCGAACUCCUUGAUGACUUGACAAAGUUGGGUUUCUUUUUCCUUGAUGAUCUUAGCGCCAGACAUGAUGUUUUCUUUUUCGUCGUGUGCUGCUUUGUCGAACAAAACGGCGAUGUAGUUUUGAUGAUCCGUGACAAUGCAGAUUGGACAAAUGCAAACUUGACACUGCGAGCAAAAGAACCGUGUGACUUCUUUCUCGUGGAACUGUUGUGGGCAAAAUGGCUGUCGCUUCAGUAGUGCUUCGUAAUCCUCUUCUUUAAAGUCUUCAACUGGCGUGACUUUGUGUCCCUCAAACGUUGCAAUCAGCAGUUGAUGCGCAUUGAAACAAUCCAGGCACAUGAAUCGUCCGCAAUCAAAGCAAUAGUACAUCUGAGAGUUGGUUUUUCUGCAAUGGGAACAAGCAAUGCUACUUGCAUUACCACUUUGUCGAACGGCGAGGAGACUCGACAAACUUUUGUGGAAAAAACUGAUGGGCAAAUGGUCGAAGCGGUUUCCUUCUGGUAAAUCGAUUUCCGCGUGACACUCCGGGCAUCGGAAUUUUCCUUGCCUCUGGCUCAUUAUCGCAUGCUUCUCUAAACACUUGCAACAAAACGUGUGAAGACAUGAAAUAGUUUUAGGUUCGGUGUAAGUAUCAAGACAGAUUGAGCAAGUAACUUGCUUCUUGAGAUCUUUCAAAAGAGACUCCAUCUUCAAAGCGAAUCAAAGUAGACUGUCAGGAGACUCUUAAUACAAUUUUUAGGUUUCCAUGAAAACAGAACAAAGUCCGUAUCGACUGAUUGCCACUGACCAAUCAAACUCUUUGUUUUGGCUGACCUUUUUAAACCCUAAAGUGAUAUUCUUCUGAAAGUCACGGUUUGGCAAUUUGUGAAAAAUUUCCUCCCAACUUUUGAGGAUCUUCAUUUGGACUCUGCCUUAUACUUGCUCAUUCUUUGGUUUCGACUUUUUAUGUUUUCCUCUCUUACCUCAUUUUUUUCCUUAGAAUGCUUUCAGGUGAAGUUAAUUUGUCACUUCACAGGAAAGGACUUAGUAAAAUUAAACUUAGUAAAAUUAAAAAAUAUCAUGAAAAUGUUUUUUAACAUGGAUGAUUGUUUCUAUAGUUUUGGGGGCUGAUGGAAAAAAACAAAAAGAAAAGAAAAAAAGAAGCAGUGUGUGAUGUUUGUUGCAAAUUCCGUGCGAGAAGGAACAAGGUCACGCAUUGUUUAACUUCAGGCGUUCAGCCGAAAUUAUUCAAGUGCCUUUGUAGCAAUUCGUUUUGACUUCGUCCUUUUAGAGGUUCUCUUUGGCAAGUCACCUCGUCAAGUUAUCUAUUCAAGCAAGAAGCUAAUCUUUCCUUAGCUGUCUUGCCUUUUUUCGAUAUAGCAAUAGUAGGGCGAGGAAACGCGAAGCGAGCACGCUUGAGCCACCCCGUGCUAGAGAAAAGGAAUACAAAUCACUACCCACAGUCCCUUGCAUGCGCGAUCGUUAAAUUUUCCGGUAAGGCUCCUAUGUCUUUCGUGCUCUGGGCGGGGAUUUAAAUCUGUGAAGGGACAAGGGAAAAAAAUUCGUCUUAAACUCAUUUUCGUUCAAAAGUCUCUUUUUUAAAUAACCGGUAUUUCAGUUAGUUGAGCCGGGCGAUAUGUCAAGGAAAAACGUAUCACAAUUUUUCCUCCACACUGCCAGAGAAAAGUGUUAAAGGGAAAGCCUGUAGCAUGCAGCUUCAUUUUAGGUCAUGUCAAACCUAGCAUAUACAACUAGUACAUUAAAUCUUCUAUUUUUCGUUUUAUUCACCAGGAGGUGAAAACAAAUCCGAAUAAUUACGACGCGUGGUUUGAUUACCUUCGUCUGAUGGAAAGUGAGGCAGAUCCCGAUGCAGUGAGAGAAGUUUACGAAAGAGCCAUCGCCAAUAUUCCACCCGCCGAGGAGAAGUGUUUAUGGAGACGAUACAUUUACCUGUGGAUCAACUAUGCGCUGUACGAAGAACUUCUGGCCAAGGUUUGUUCUAUUUUUGCAGCUGUUGGCCUACGCAGAUGUAGAUCAAGUCUGCAGAAGAAACUAACUCGUAUAAGUUCUUCAUCUUAACCCGUGUUUUGUUACCUAAGGUGGAUUAGAGUUUUGUCAAUAUCCUUCCAUGGAAAGCUAGUCCAUCUUAGUUCACCCUACUCCCCAGGUUUUUUUUUACCCCCCUCCCCUCCCUGAGCAUUUCCUUAGGUUUUCAUGGCAGUUCACUAGUACUCACUCGGACUUGUACCCCUGGGUGAAAAGAAGCACUACAAAAUUAAAGUUUCAUGCUUAUGAACGAAACACAAUGAAGGGUCGAACACAGACCUCUAGUUCCAGAGUUUAGCAAGUGAACUAUUAGAAAUUUGUGCCAACGCUUCUCCAAAGUGCAGAGGUAAAAUAUAUUCCGCAUUGAAAACUUAAAGUUUUCUUAUGUCCGUCUGAUUCUUGUUGUUACAGGACAUGGACCGCACAAGACAGGUGUAUCGUGCAUGUUUGGAUCUUAUACCACACAAGAAGGUAAACAACUGUUGAGAACUACCUUAUUUGCGGUGCGUAGCGGUUGUUAUAUCCUGUACUAUACUACUGCUUGAACAUUACAACGUUCCCUACUCUGUCUAAUUAUUUCUGAAACCCUAAUUCUCCCAACUAAUAACCAAUCAUUUCUUUGUUGGGUAUCCAUAGGAAUUUAUUGUUGUAUCAGGACAAUGUUCCCAAGUCUAUAAUCCCUUUACGUCUUCAUACGGCUUGACAGAGUAAAACUUAAACUAGGAUUUUUUCAUGUUGUUGGAAACUUUGCUUUUCCAUUUAAGUAUUAUUUUGGUGUCUUUAAUUUGUUCUUAAAAGGAUAAGCAAGGUUUUGGAUAUAUUUCGGUUUCUUUUUAACGAGAAUAAGCAGUGAAUGUCUGUUUUUUAUUUUUUCAUUUCCAGUUCACUUUCGGUAAAGUCUGGCUAUUGUAUGCACAGUUUGAAAUCCGUCAGAAGGAUCUCAAGGCAGCACGGCAGGCGUUGGUGAGUGUCAUGGGUGAUUUCAUUAUCUGGAUGAAUAGGGCGGGCGGGCGCAGUCUUGCUCAAAAGUGGGUGAGAAGGGAACCGUUUGCAGAUCAGAUUGUGUUGAUUCUUGUUUCGUCCCUAUUUAUUUUAAAGUGUUCUUCUGCAAGACAGUUACUUUCACAAUGCCUCUCUGAACCAAGAGGUAUGAUUGGGUAUCGGCGAACUGUUUGGGAAAACCUUACGAGGGUGCUUGGUGCAAAGUUGACUGCAGUGGACAAUACUUUAGAUGGCUUGAUGCCAACGAAAACGAUCUUGGCUGGUAGAAAUGCAAAGAUUUGUUGUGAACGCAAACUCACGAUCCGCCUAAUCCAUUAGCGCACUAGAGUUCCACGACUCUUCCCACGAAAUUAGUGGUUUACAUCGACGAAGAUAAUCGCAGAUUUCUUAGAAUGAAGUUACUAUGAGUAGCGUUACUCCUCCUGGAUAUGUGGUAGUUCAUCGUAGGCUUCCAACCUCCCCCCCCUCCAAUUUUCUGUGGAUCCUCGCCUGUACCUAUUUAACCCCUUAACUUCUAAAAUCUCAUUAGUAAUUCUCCUUACUGUCUGCCAAUGAUUCUCAUUAUUUUAUUUUGGAGAAUUUGGUAUCGGAUCAAUUAGCAAUCCCAUAAUUGAUAUUUUUCUUUAUUCUCGUCACUUGUCUGCAUAAUAUUGUAAAGAAAUAGCGAGGAAAAAUUCUGUCUUGGUCACUCACGAGAGUUAAAGGGUUGAGGCCUACUGAAUGGAGGGAGAUGGAGGGAGGUACUAUGUCUCAUCAAGACAUAAACAAUGGGACAUCGUUUUCUCCUGGCCCCAUCCAACAACAUAAAAAGUGGCCUGGUCUGGAACUUUCAAUCCGUGUUCCAGCUUCCCGAACUGCCAGUCCAGUCCAUUGAGUCUCACACACGCUCUGCUAAUGUAUUAUUUGUGUUCGUCACAGGGCACAGCGAUCGGGAAAUGUCCCAAAGACCGACUCUUCCGAGAAUACAUCGGUCUCGAGUUACAGGUGAGUAGAAAGAUUAUGAAAAGGAACUCUAAGGAGUUGAGACCUUAAUCUAAAAAUCUUUAUCGAAGUGAUUUUCUAAGCCUUCCCCCUUCCACUCCUUAACCAUUUCAAUUCGUAUUUUUUCUCGACUUUUUGUGUUUGUUAGAAAUAUUGGUUACUUUUUUAGCUGACACGAAUUGCGACUCCGUGACGGUGUCUCUAGUUACCCUUUGUGAUGCAAAUUCUGCCUCUUUGUCCGUUUGCUUUUAACAGCUUCGAGAAUUUGAUCGCUGUCGUAAGUUGUACGAGAAAUUCCUGGAGUUUAAUCCUGCAAAUUGUACCACAUGGGUCAAGGUUAGGAGAGUGUGUUUUCUGUUGUUGUUGUUGAAGUAGUUGUUUUUUUACUGUUUUAUAAGGGCAUGAAUACUAACAAACAGGGACCUUAACCAGGACCUAAGGAAGGCUGAUAAAUGAUCACAGUUUUGAAUUUGGCUGAGCUAUUGUUCUGCUCAUUAGAUCUUUUGUUUUUCCACAUCCUCAUUGCUGUCGAGGCUGGGGUUAGCUUAACGUCCUCAAUGAUCAAGCUAUGGAACGAAAUUAAAUUGACGACUUCUUUAUUAAAUUUGGCAGUCAAGGAAGACAAUGUGUAAGAUAUGUAAAAGAGGUGAAGUACCGUGGAAUAAUAAUUCGUUUAAGACAAUAGAUUAACCCUUAAAAUCCCAAGAUAAGAUUGUCAAUUCUCUCCUUUAGCUGCAACACAUUUCCUCGUAAAUUAGUUGGGAGAAUUGUGUGUUAGAUCAAGAUAUAGACUUCUACCUGAUAAGUUUGAAUUUGCUAGAUAAUGUAUUCAUAUUAUAGGGAGAAGUUACACGUUGAGCACCCAAUGGGAGUGAAAGGGUUAACUUGCAAAUAGAGCACUUUUCGAUCGAGGCAAUGAGAGAUCGACGAUAGUGAACCGCUGGUAGUCGGCUGUUAUUGAAACCUUUGCUCUGUUUUCUCCUUUUUUCUGUUUUUAGUACGCUGAACUGGAAACCAUUCUUGGCGAUACUGACAGGGCACGUGCGCUGUUUGAAUUGGCUGUUAACCAACCUUUGCUUGAUAUGCCCGAGGUAAUGUAUUGCAAUGAAGGGUGUAUUUAACUCAACGCACGGCAUAUUCUGUUUUUUCUGCUGUGGGGAAAGCUGCGCGGUGUUUCCAUUCCAUCUCGGAAGAGUAACAAUACUUUUGGUCUCUCAUUAUGCUCUCGAAACUUGAAUAAACUUCGACGGAUAUGCAAAUUUGUGGAACCUCUAUUAAGCGGCAUCAUAUUUAGCGGUGGGUUGUCAAAGUCCCGAAUUAGUCUCCCCUUAAUUACUGUAAUUUUCACCUUGCAUUAAAACCGGAAGUUAUGUUUUCACGAGAAGUUAGUAGUUCAUCAUUUUUAGUGAAAAUGCUUCACUUCCUUUCGACUAUUAACAUUCGUAUUCUUAAAAUUUGUUUCAAGCACGAGUACGCGGUGUAAGUUCCUCUUUUUGAAGGUUAUGUAGAAAUAGAGAAUCACUCUCGCAGAACGGAAGUGACGUUGACAGAGUACUAACUACUAACUAAAAUACUAACAGUGUUACUCAUUUCUGUGAGUCUGAUUAGCAGCAACAAGUGAAUAAUUGUAGUUUUUGUUGUUCUCAGGUUUUGUGGAAAGCUUACAUAGAUUUUGAGAUAAACUUGGAAGAGUACGACAAAACACGAGAUCUGUAUGAGAGGCUACUAAAACGAACGCAACACGUCAAGGUAGUAUUUUUAAAUUAUUUUUCCCUAAAUUAUAUCUCUGCGAUUUUGUUGAAUCUCUUGUACAAGAGCAGAUAUUUCCAUUAUGUCCUUCUAUUCGUGUAUGAUUGUUUUUAGUGCCUCGCAAAAGUGUACUGUGUCGUUAAUUUCAUCAUGAUGUUAAUUAACCGCCACAUGUCGAAGCAAAUUUGCAGCCACGUUUCCCUGUAUUCACUUUAUAGGUUUGGAUUAGUUUUGCACAGUUCGAGGCCUCUACAGCAACCGAUGAAAACAUCAUACAAGCAAGGUGUGUAAAAAGUUCAUAGGAGGAAAGCCUACGGUCACGCAACGCCCGAUGAACCUUUGCGGAGAGCCCCAGAGUGGACUACCCAAUGGAAGAUUUAUUUGUCCUGUAGGAGAGGAUUCAUGAUGGAAUAUUUAAGUUGAAAUAGUUCUAUUGCUUUAAAUGCUAUCAAAAAAUCUGUGAAAUGGAAUCCUCACCUUUCUCUAUUUUGUUUGUACUAUAAAUAUUAUUUUUCAGGACUGUUUACGAACGCGCCAGCAAAUCUCUCAGAAACGCAGAGGAGAAAGAAGAACGAGUGAUGGUACUGGAAGCCUGGAAAGAGUUCGAGGUAUUAUUAAAAUUGGUUGUAUGAAUAAGGAAACUUUUUUUGAAAGGUCGAAUCCGAUUUAAUUUUAUCAUUUUGAUCCUCUAGGACGAAUAUGGAGACGAAAGCUCACUAGAAAAAAUAAAGAAAAAGAUGCCUCGCCGAGUAAAGAAGAGGAGAAAAGUACAAACGGACGACGGAGUAAGAAAUCUCUUCAAACUUCUUCAAGUAACUUUGAUUGUCUGUCGUCACGCAAUCCGUUGCCUAAGCCAAAAUGUCGCGUGACAUAUCGAUUCUGUUUUCAAUUUGCUUACGAUUUUGUUCCAAAUGUGGCUGUUAUCAGAGAUAAUUCGUAGCUGCGUGUAUAAUAUUUUAGCCUCACUGCAAUUUUCUUUUCUCUUUGUUAGAUCUUACGUUGUUUUGAAAGACUAUUAAAAAUAUUUUUCCUUGCAGUCAGACGCUGGAUGGGAAGAAUACUAUGAUUACAUCUUUCCUGACGAUGAAGCCAACAUGCCUAACUUUAAACUGCUCCAGAUGGCUAGGCUUUGGAAAAAGAACCAAGAAAAAAUGGAAUAAUUAUUUGUUGUUGUUGUUGUGGCUACUGUUUUUUUUUGCUGUCGUAUGAAUAUCACUAAUUGUGUGCAGAAUGUUUACCAAACAAUAGAAUAAAACUUCAAUCUGUUCACUGUAAAGUGUUGAGGUCAGUCCUAAAGGAGUGGUUUGUAGUUUGACAAGGGGUGGGGGUGGGGAUGGGGUAGAAGUAUCAGAGGGGGAGGUGUAAGGGGCACAAAUGUGACUUCAUGAGUUCGUGACGUCCAAACUAAUUUGCUGACAGAUCUCUGUUAUCCCUUUAAUACUAGCAUCGGUAUGCAUAUUGUCUUUACUGUUCUCUAUGCAUUUCUUAGGGUAUUGACAAGGAGACUAUUUAACAAUCAAGAGCUUCUCUAGUUGGUGAUCCCCUCCUUAAUUGUUGUGACCUUAAUAUUUGAUUCGGGGGGGAGAAGGGGGAAGGGGGUAAUUAGAUACUGGUCACUCUUAGGGUUUGAAGGGUCAUUGCAAUGGUCUCAGACAAAAUUAUUUUUGGAGCUGACCAAAUUCAUGCGAUUGGAUCUGUUGAAGUGUCUAUCUUGAUUCCCUUGUUUUCCAAACUUAGAUGAAAAAGUUCCUGAAUGAUCAAAUAUUUUUAUACAGUGAUUGUGUCAAUGGAAAAUAUGAGCAAAGUUUUUGAAGAUUCAUAUUGGCUGAAGAUUAAUUUGGUUAUGAGCCCUGAAUAGAGUGUGACUGAAAAUUGCAUACAAUGAGUACAAGUCAAGUAUUUAAAAUAUUUUUAUUCAUCCAAACUACAAAACUACCCAAUAAAUGAAGUACAGUUUACUCUUAGAAUUACUACCUGUACGUACGGUGCAUCAAUGGGUUAGGAUUGGUAAAAUGGAAUUAAGAAGGAAAACUAAUCCACCUGAGUGCUAAAUGAGUAUAUAUAUAAACAUGCAUAUUUAUUAUCUAAGUUGUGAGAAAUUUCAACUUAUCAGACGCAAACCAGCUGGUUGUUCAAAAGGGACUGGCAACAAAUGGAUCUUGGGAGUAAAGACAAACAAAUCUCAUUUGGAGGCAAAGUGGAUGGUUAGGACCUGGGAACUCUAGAUUUCAAUUCCAGUGCCUUCACUCAUUAACUCCUAGAGGUGAUUAACAUGUGAAUUCUCCUUGCAAUUGCAAAAUGUUAUCUUGCAAACAGGUUAUGAGAACAUACAAGCUUAUCAGCUGGUGGGUGUUAUUCUGAUGUAAUACCAAAUUCUCUUGUCGGAUUUAUAGAGAAAUGUAUGGUAGUCAGUGGGAAGAAUUACUAAUUGGAUCUUUGAAUUCAAAAGGUGAAGCCGCUUGGCCAUGCCCUUUCUGCAACUUGCAAUUAAAUAACAUUGGAGCGAGAAAAUCUCCUUAAAUUCAUUUUGGAAAUGAUUGGUGAAAAAGACAUAUAUAGCUAAACUGUACAUCAUUCAUUUAAAAGAAUAUACCUAAUUGAAACACUUUUACCUAACUAUCUGAAACCCCUUGUACAAGGCACAGAAAAUUGAGGUCCCAUUGAUUAUGUCUUUUUCUUUUGGUUUUUAUUUUUGCUCUAUUCAGUGAAGUUUUGUCCAGAUUACAUUAGACCACAUGUUAGUUCUUUGCCCUGACAAGGGCUGUGUCUUCCUGAAAUAUCUGCUCUUCUUAUUCGAAAGAAUGAAGUAAAAGGCACACCACAUGAAGAAAAGCUAAAUAUAUCCUAGACUCGUUUAAGUUUCCUUUUCUGAAUAUAAUUUUCCUAUGUAUCUGACUGCUCUUGGGGUGUUAGUCAAUUUUGCGCUAAUCCCCUUCCCCCUGGCUUCUGUAUUUGAGGGCUAACGAUGCAUCGACACCGUUGAGUGUUUCUGCUGCUUGCGAAGAAAUUUUGCUCAAAAAAAUUGAAUGAUUCGACUUAAGUUUUCACUGGCAUACAGCAUUUGAAUGAUUCAUAGAAUUAUAACACAUUUACCUCAGAAUGUAUAUUUUCUUAGCUGUACGGCUUCUGACUAGUAUACGCCCAUCUGGCGCUGUUACAACUCGAUGUGGAUCUUUUAGAGGAACGGUAGUUUUGCCUGUAAAGCGACCGUCCAAAGAAAAUUGCUGAACUCUGUUAUUGCGUGAGUCACAAACAAGAAAGUUAUCAGAGCCGUCUAAACACAUGCCACAGGGUUUGUUGAACUGUCCGUCUUGAUUCCCUUUUUCGCCAAACUUGUACAGGAAAGUGUUUGACGCAUCAAAUGCUUUUAUGACGUGAUUGUCUCUUUCAAUUACCAGGAAAAUGUUUUUGUAAGGAAUGCAGGUGUUCGGUUUGCUGAGUUUCUCUGGACCACUGUCUCCUAUUGUGAAUAGAGCUUCGCCCUCUUUUGACAUUACUUGAACUCUAUUGUUUACGUAUUCAGUGACAACAAUACGUUCUGUAUCGUCAAGGCAAAUACUAAGUGGAGUAUUAAAGUGUCCUUUUCCCUCACCUUUUUUUCCAAAGGUUUUUACAACAGUUCCUGUCUGGAUAUUUAUAUGUUGAAUUCUAUUAUUGAAUUGAUCUGCAAUAAGAAUUUCGUUGUUGUUUAAAAAUAACACUCCAGCUGGAUAUUGGAAUUGUCCAGGAUCUGCUCCCUCUUUUCCAAAUUGUUUUAAACAGUUCCCAUCUUUAUUGAAUACAAAAACACAGUGUCCAAGAGUAUCUACAACAGCUAUGUCGCCUUGCCUGUUUACAGCGAUUCCAGUGGGUCCCUCGAACCCCUGUCCUUUGUUGAACUUCAAGUCCAAUUCACCGACCACGACAAGUUGACGUUGUUUCACUGCCAACGUGAACGGAGAGGUGGAAAGCUCUUCGCCAUUAAUCUUCACCUCAACGUUGUAGGGGCCAGGCACUAUAGGUGUAAAUUUCAGCUUAAGAUUGCCGUCUCCUUUUUCUUCAACACUUUCGUUUGUAACAUCUUUGGUGGGUUUUAUCAGCAAUUCAACUUGAUCGUUUAGAUCGGCCUGGUUACAAAUCUCUCCCUCUGCUGUUUUUAGACAUAACGUAAACUCUGCUUCUACACCAGCCUGGAAAGUUUGAUCCAGUCCUUCUACAGUUGAUGUAGCUGCUUUUGCCGGUUUCUCGGUGAGUUGAAUAAAACCCAGUUUCAAGUCUUGUUGCGAUGCCACGGUAAAUUUGACAAAUGUUGUUGGAUGAUGCCUUGAAACCUCAACUCCACGAAGCUCUUGAAAUUUCUCCUUCAAAGUUGUCUUGGUCUUUAUAAUAUCCCAGACUGGGCUUCUCUGCACGAGAUUUUCCGCAAACUCAGCCUCUUGGUGUAUUUGUUUUACCAGCGAUUCCAGUUCUUGUUUAGCCGAGUUAAUUUGCUCUAUUCUCUUUCUACGCGUCAUUUCUAAGGACUCUAAAAGCUGUUUUUCUUGCUGUCGCGUCUUUGUGAUCACGUGUUGAGCUGCCUCAGACACGUCUUGUUUAGCGAUUGCGAUAAUCAUUUCCACAUCCUCAGAGGUUUUCUCAAGUUUUUCUAUCUCUUCUCGAAACAAGUUUACCUUUUUCUUGAUGGUGUCGACGUUCGACAUGAUGUAUUUCCUAUGCUCCUGCACUGCCUUUUCAAUAACGUCGAACUCAUGGCAUCGGUGAUCUUCGGCGAAGCAAACAGGACAAAUACACGCUUCACAGGAAGAGCAGAAAUAUCGUAGUCUUUCGUUCUUGUGUUGCGAGCAAAAUGGCGGCCUCAGCAAGGCCUCGCGAUCUUCCGUUUCAAGAAGACCUACCAAACUAUUUUGGUGAAAGCUGGUGGGUAAACGGUCGAAGCGAUUACCUUCUGGUAGAUUGAUUUCCGCCUGACACUCGGGGCAUCUGAAUUUGCCUUGUCUGUGGGUUUUUGUUGCAUGUUCCUCCAAACACUUGCAACAAAAAGUGUGGAAGCACGAUAAUAUUUUGGGGUCUUUGUAAGUAUCGAGACAAAUUGAACAUGUGACUUGUUUCUUGAGGUUUUCCACGAGAGGUUCCAUCACGAUCGCCUUGAAGAACAGAUUAUUCAAGCGACGAAUACAAACAGACAAUUGUGCAAUCAAAGAUUUAAUUUUUAACUCCGAGAAAACAGCACAAAGUCCUUGACAGCUAAGUUUUUGCGGCCAAUCACAUUCAAGGACGUAGUUGACCUUUUUUGUAACGUUAUGUCAGUGUUGUUUCCUCGUGUAAAAUGAAUAGACUUAGUCGGUCGUGCUGAAACCUUGAAACCGUGGAAGGCUCCUUUUAAAUAUUAUCACAAAAUUUCUGAAAGCUGAUUUGCUGAGACUGAUGACAUUUUUUAUCAAUCACGAGGGAUUUUUUGGUAAUCAAUAGGGCAUGAUUACUUAAUGCUGAUUGAGCCUUUUUGAUGUUUGCGACAACGGUUUAAUGAUUGGAAUUCAACUGAAUGAAGCAGUGUAACGUUAUUAACUGUAUUCAGCCACAUAUGCAGGACUAUAACUUUCCAGCAGUUUUGUCACGCAGAGCGCUCAAAGACUAAUUGGAUAGGCUAACGCCAAAACGGUCUGUCGCGUUCACGAGCAACAGUCGUUUUUGGGUCUACCCUCACCCCGACGAUCAUACAAAUCAUACAACACAAUCGCUUCACAACAAGACAACAGAUAUGUCCUGUGCGGUUAGAGUGUACGUCUUAGUCUUAAACUGUCAUCGAUGUACCGUUCGUGUAAACAAUUUUGCCGGUGGUUUUCUCUAAGAACAGAAAAUGCUUUAAAAAUAUUGGAACAAACAGCCUUUGUUUCCGAUUCCUAGAAAACAACACAAAGUCCGUGUGAGCUGAUCUAUUUUUGUCUUGUCACUUUUGUUUGGCUUAGUUGACCUUUCUGUAACGUUAAACUGAUUAUCUCGUGCGUUUUUAAAAGUAAAUAUCUAUCUGUCUGAAAGCUUUAUUGUUAGAAAAUCCGUUGUUUGAGUUUUAUUGUUAAUGAAAUAGCAAAUAAUUCAUGGCUUGUUACUGAAAGGAAAACUUCGGGGCCUUAUGGCGAGGAGAGAUUUAGAUAAGCAAGGUUGAAAAGCGCUAAACGUGCUUGAGAGACUCUCAUCAUUUAACGAUAUUAUCGCCCUUCAUUGUUCUUAUAAAUGUGUUUAAAGCUUCUUUCCCUCUUCCCCUUGUUUUUUCAUCAAUUUUCUGUCUACUGUCAGAUUCGGUCUUAAAGAUUGUUCCACACUCGUGAAGUACUAAAUUUACAAGUUUUGAGCAGUCUACGUACAGGCGACGCUUCUUUGAAAUAUGCUUUUAUUAUCAAACAAUUUGUUGAGAUAUGCAUUUAAUCCUGUGAACCCGUAACAUUUUUGUUGAUAAAAUUGUUGCUAGAACAAGUUUUUGUAGAAAAGGUCGUUGUCGACAGAUUGUUCUCUAAAGACUGUUUGUGUAAGAAAUUUGCUUUAAAAUAUGAAUGAUUCGACUUUAGUUUCUGCUGGCAUACAUGCAGCAUUGAAUGAUUCGUAGAAUAGUAACACAUUCACUUCAGUAUAUAUAUUUUCUUAGCUACAAGGCUUGUGACUAGUAUACGCCCAUCUGGCGCUGUUAUAAUUUGAAAUGGACUUUGUAAAGGAACGGUAGUUUUGCCCGUAAAGCGACCGUCCAAAGAAAAUUGCUGAACUCUGUUAUUGAAAUAGUCACAAACAAGAAGGUUAUUAGGGCCGUCUAAACACAUGCCACGGGGUGAGUUGAACUGUCCGUCUUGAUUGCCUUUUUCGCCAAACUUGUACAGGAAAGUGUUUGACGCAUCAAAUGCUUUUAUGACGUGAUUGUCUCUUUCAGUUACCAGGAAAAUGUUUUUGUAAGGGACGCAGCUGCAUGGUGUGCUGAGUUUCUCUGGACCACUGUCUCCUAUUGUGAAUAGAGCUUCGCCCUCUUUUGACAUUACUUGAACUCUAUUGUUAGAGAAUUCACUGACAACAAUACGUUCUGUAUCAUCAAGGCGAAUACGAAGUGGAUUCUUGAAGUGUCCUUUUCCCCCACCUUUUUUUCCAAAGGUUUUUACAACAGAUCCUGUCUGGAUAUUUAUAUGUUGGAUUCUAUUAUUUACUUGAUCUGCAAUUAGUAAUUCGUUUUUGUUUAAAAAUAACACAUCAUAUGGAUAUUUAAAUUGUCCAGGAUGUGUUCCUUCUUUUCCAAUUUGUUUUGAACAGUUCCCUUCUUUAUUGAAUACAAAAACACAGUGUCCAAGAUUAUCUACAACAGCUAUGUCGCCUUGCGUGUUUACAGUGAUUCCAGUUUGUCGCUUGAACUCCUGCCCUUGGUUUAACUUCAAUUUCAACUCACCAACUACGACAAGUUGACGUUCUUUCACUGCCAAAGGGAACGGAGAGGUAGAAAGCUUUUCGCCAUUAAUCUUCACCUCAACGCUGUAGGCGCCAGGCACUUUAGGUGUAAACUUCACCGUAAGAUUUCCGUCUCCUUUUUCGUGAACAGUCACGUUUGUGACAUCUUCGGUGGGUUUUAUUAGCAAUUCAACUUGAUCGUUAAGGUCGGCCUGGUUACUAAUCUCUCCUUCUGAUGUGUUUGGACACAAGGUAAACUCUACUUCCAUACCAGCUUGGAAAGUUUGGUCCAGUCCUUUUACAAUUGAUUCAGCUGCGAGUUGAAUAAAACCCAGUUUCAAGUCUUGUUGGGAUGCCGCGUUAAAUUUGGCAAAUGUAGUCUGGUGAUGUUUUGGAACUUCAACGCCACGAAGCUCUUGAAAUUUCUGCCUCAAAGCUUCUUUGUUCUGCAUUAUAUCCGAGCUUGAGCUUCUCUGCACCAGAUUCUCCGCAAACUCAGCUGCUUGGCUGAUUUGUUUUACUAGGGAUUUUACUUCCUGUUUAGCCGCGUUAAUCUUCUCAAGUCUCGACAUGCGUGUUGUUUCCAGGGAUACAAUCGCUUCUCGCUCGCGCUGUCGAAUGUUUGCUAUCAUUUGUUGGGCUGUUCGUGAGACUUCUCGCUUGGCUGUUGUGAAAUUUCUAUCAAGCUCAGAAAUCGUUUCUUCGAACUCCUUGAUGACUUGACAAAGUUGAGUUUCUUUUUCCUUGAUGAUCUUAGCACCAGACAUGAUGUUUUCUUUUUCGUCGUGUGCUGCUUUGUCGAACAAAACGGCGAUGUGGUUUUGAUGAUCCGUGACAAUGCAGAUUGGACAAAUGCAAACUUGACACUGCGAGCAAAAGAACCGUGUGACUUCUUUCUCGUGGAACUGUUGUGAGCAAAAUGGCUGUCGCUUCAGUAGUGCUUCGUAAUCCUCUUCUUUAAAGUCCUCAACUGGCGUGACUUUGUGCCCCUCAAACGUUGCAAUCAGCAGUUGAUGCGCAUUGAAACAAUCCAGGCACAUGAAUCGUCCGCAAUCAAAGCAAUAGUACAUCUGAGAGUUGGUUUUUCUGCAAUGGGAACAAGCAAUGCUACUUGCAUCACCACGUUGUCGAACGGCGAGGAGACUCGUCAAACUCUUUUGGAAAAAACUGAUGGGCAAAGGGUCGAAGCGGUUUCCUUUUGGUAAAUCGAUUUCCGCGUGACACUCCGGGCAUCGGAAUUUUCCUUGCCUCUGGCUCAUUAUCGCAUGCUUCUCUAAACACUUGCAACAAAACGUGUGAAGACAUGAUAUAGUUUUAGGUUCGGUGUAAGUAUCAAGACAGAUUGAGCAAGUAACUUGCUUCUUGAGAUCUUUCAAAAGAGACUCCAUCUUCAAAGCGAAUCAAACUAGACUGUCAGGAGACUCAUAAUACAAUGGCUUGAAAGCAGAUAUCAUUUUUAGGUUUCCAUGAAAACAGAACAAAGUCCGUAUCGACUGAUUGCCACUGACCAAUCAAACUCUUUGUUUUGGCUGACUUUUUUAAACCUUAAAGUGAUAUUCUUCUCGACUUGAGAAUUCGUUUUCAACAAUUGUCCUCAAGGAAACUUGUAUCUUCCUUCCGUAACUGUCUGUGUAGUAAAAUUAAAAAAUAUCAUGAAAAUGUUUUUUAACAUGGAUGAUUGUUUCUAUAUUUUUGGGGAGCUGAUGGAAAAAACAAAAAGAAAAGAAAAACAGAAGCAGUGUGUGAUGUUUGUUGCUAAUUCCGUGUGAGAAGAAACAAGGUCACGCAUUGUUUAACUUCAGGGGAUCAGCCGAAAUUAUUCAAGUGCCUUUGUAGCAAUUCGUUUUGACUUUGUCCUUUUAGAGGUUCUCUUUGGCAAGCCACCUCGUCAAGUUAUCUAUUCAAGCAGGAAGCGAAUCUUUCCUUAGCUGUCUUGCCUUUUUUCGAUAUAGCAAUUGUUAGGCGAGAAAACGCGAAGCGAGCGCGCUCGAGCGAUCUCGUGCGAAAGAAAAGGAAUACAAAUCACUACCCACAGUCCCUUACAUGUGCGACCGUUAAAUUUUCCGUUGAGACUCCUAUGUCUUUCGUGCUCUGGGCGGGGAUUUAAAUCUGUGAAGGGACAAGGGAAAAAAUUUCAGAUAUUUCAGUUAGUUGAGCCGGGCGAUUUGUCAAGGAAAAACGUAUCACAAUUUUUCAUCCACACUGCCAGAGAAAAGUGUUAAAGGGAAAGCCCGUAGCAUACAGCUUCAUUUUACGUCGUGUCAAACCUAGCAUAUACAACUAGUACAUUUAACCUUCUAUUUUUCGUUUUAUUCACCAGGAGGUGAAAACAAAUCCGAAUAAUUACGACGCGUGGUUUGAUUACCUACGUCUGAUGGAAAGUGAGGCAGAUCCCGAUGCAGUGAGAGAAGUUUACGAAAGAGCCAUCGCCAAUAUUCCACCCGCCGAGGAAAAGCGUUUAUGGAGACGAUACAUUUACCUGUGGAUCAACUAUGCGCUGUAUGAAGAACUUCUGGCCAAGGUUUGUUCUAUUUUUGCAGCUGUUGGCCUACGCAGAUGUAGAUCAAGUCUGCAGAAGAAACUGACUCGUAUAAGUUCUUCAUCUUAAUCCGGGUUUUGUUACCUAAGGUGGAUUAGAGCGGUUUUGUCAAUAUCCUUCCAUGGAAAGCUAGUCCAUCUUAGUUCACCCUACUCCUCAGGUUUGUUUUUACCCCUCUCCCCUCCCUGAGCAUUUCCUUAGGUUUUCAUGGCAGUUCACUAGUACUCACUCGGACUUGUACCCCUGGGUGAAAAGAAGCACUACAAAAUUAAAGUUUAAUGCUUAUGAACGGAACACAAUGAAGGGUCGAACACACACCUCUAGUUCCAGAGUUUAGCAAGUGAACUAUUAGAAAUUUGUGCCAAUGCUUCUCCAAAGUGCAGAGGUAAAUUUUAUUCCACAUUGAAAACUUAAAGUUUUCUUGUAUCCGUCUGAUUCUUGUUGUUACAGGACAUGGACCGCACAAGACAGGUGUAUCGUGCAUGUUUGGAUCUUAUACCACACAAGAAGGUAAACAACUUUUGAGAACUACCUUAUUUGCGGUGCGUAGCGGUUGUUAUAUCCUGUACUAUACUACUGCUUGAACAUUACAACGCUCCCUACUCUGUCUGAUUAUUUCUGAAACCCUAAUUCUCCCAACUAAUAACCAAUCAUUUCUUUGCUGGGUAUCCAUAGGAAUUUAUUGUUGUAUCAAGAAAAUGUUCCCAAUGUUCCCAAUGUUCCCUUCAUACGGCUUGACAGAGUAAAACUUAAACUAGGAUUUUUUCAUGUUGUUGGAAACUUUGCUUUUCCAUUUAAGUGUUAUUUUGGUGUCUUUAAUUUGUUCUUAAAAGGAUAAGCAAGGUUUUGGAUAUAUUUCGGUUUCUUUUUAACGAGAUUAAGCAGUGAAUGUCUGUUUUUUAUUUUUUCAUUUCCAGUUCACUUUCGGUAAAGUCUGGCUAUUGUAUGCACAGUUUGAAAUCCGUCAGAAGGAUCUCAAGGCAGCACGGCAGGCGUUGGUGAGUGUCAUGGGUGAUUUCAUUAUCUGGAUGAAUAGGGCGGGCGGGCGCAGUCUUGCUCAAAAGUGGGUGAGAAGGGAACCGUUUGCAGAUCAGAUUGUGUUGAUUCUUGUUUCGUCCCGAUUCAUUUUAAAGUGUUCUUCUGCAAGACAGUUACUUUCACAAUGCCUCUCUGAACCAAGAGGUAUGAUUGGGUAUCGGCGAACUGUUUGGGAAAACCUUACGAGGGUGCUUGGUGCAAAGUUGACUGCAGUGGACAAUACUUUAGAUGGCUUGAUGCCAACGAAAACGAGCUUGGCUGGUAGAGAUGUAAAGAUUUGUUGUGAACACAAAAUCACGAUCUGCCUAAUCCAUUAGCGCGCUAGAGUUCCACGACUCUUCCCACGAAAUUAAUGGUUUACAUCGGCGAAGAUAAUCGCGGAUUUCUUAGAAUGAAGAUACUAUGAAUAGUGAUACUCUUCCUGGAUAUGUGGUAGUUCAUCGUAGGCUUCCAACCCCCCCUCCCCCUCCAGUUUUCUGUGGAUCCUCGCCUGUACUUAUUUAACCCCUUAACUCCUAAGAUCUCAUUAGUAAUUCUCCUUACUGUCUGCCAAAUGAUUCUCAUUAUGUUAUUUUGGAGAAUUUGGUAUCGGAUCAAUUAGUAAUCCCAUAAUUGAUAUUUUUCUUUAUUCUCGUCACUUUUCUGCAUAAUAUUGUAUAGAAAUAGCGAGGAGAAAUUCUGUCUUGGUCACUCACGAGAGUUAAAGGGUUAAGGCCUACUGAAUGGAGGGAGAUGGAGGGAGGUACUAUGUCUCAUCAAGACAUAAACAAUGGGACAUCGUUUUCUCCUGGCCCCAUCCAACAACAUAAAAAGUGGCCUGGUCAGGAACUUUCAAUCCGUGUUCCAGCUUUCCGAACCACCAGUCCAGUCCAUUGGGCCUCACAUACGCUCUGCUAAUGUAUUAUUUGUGUUCGUCACAGGGCACAGCGAUCGGGAAAUGUCCCAAAGACCGACUCUUCCGAGAAUACAUCGGUCUCGAGUUACAGGUGAGUAGAAGGAUUAUGAAAAGGAACUCCAAGGAGUUGAGACCUUAAUCUAAAAAUCUUUAUCGAAGUGAUUUUCUAAGCCUUCCUCCUUCCACUCCUGAACCAUUUCAAUUCGUAUUUUUUCUCGACUUUUUGUGUUUCUUAGAAAUAUUGGUUACUUUUUUAGCUGACACGAAUUGCGACUCCGUGACGGUGUCUCUAGUUACCCUUUGUGAUGCAAAUUCUGCCUCAUUGUCCGUUUUGCUUUUAACAGCUUCGAGAAUUUGAUCGCUGUCGUAAGUUGUACGAGAAAUUCCUGGAGUUUAAUCCUGCAAAUUGUACCACAUGGGUCAAGGUUAGGAGAGAAUGUUUUAUGUUUUUAUAGUAGUUGUUUUUUAUUAUUGUUUCAUAGGUGUGCUUUUCUGUAAACACUUGCAAUUAACAAACUUUGUCAAAACUGUUUUUGACAAAAACAAAACUUGAAAACAGACGGAAGGUUUUCGAAUUGGGAAUGAGAAACUAAGAAACGUUUGAUUAAACAAACGUAAGAACAAACGAUCGAAGGCAGGCCUGGAUCGAAGGAAUGUCCAGUCGCGCGCCCACACGAAUGAAAAAAAACAAAACAAAUAAAAUUAGGGCAUGAAUAUUAACAAACAGGGACCUUAGGCGGUUAGGACGGCAACGCUGAAGGAGACGUCGAUCAAGAGAUGAAUUUAUCUUUUUAGUUAAGAUUUUGCAAAUGGCUGGACGUGUUUAUUGUCUCUUACGGCACUACAUCUUUACUUCGGCAUAACUUAUGUAAGCAGUGUUGAGUUCAAAAUGGAAUUUUAAAUAAUUUGCCGUCGGAGUUUCCUUUCUCAGACCACGCAAAUUUUGGUGAUUUCACGUCGUUGUUUUGCAGAGGAAGGCUAAGAAAUGUACAAAUUUUAAAUCGCACGAGCUGAGCUAUUGUUCUGCUCAUUAGAUCUUUUGUUUUUCCACUUCCUCGUUGCUGUCGAUGUUGGGGUUAGCUUAAGGUUCGCAAUGAACAAGUUAGGGAACGAAAUUAAAUCGACGAUAUCUUUAUUAAAUGUGCGGCAGUCAAGAGAGACUAUGUGUAAGAUAUGUGAAGAAGGAAAAGUACCGUGAAUAGUUCGGGAGAGGUAACAGAUUAACCCUUUAACUCCCAAGAUAAAAUAGUCAAUUCUCCCCUUUAGCUGCGACACAUUUCCUCGUAAAUUCUUUGGGAGAAUUGGGUGUUAGAUCAAGAUGUAGACUGCUAUCUGAUAAGUUUGAGUUUGCUAGAUAAUGUGUUCAUGUUAUAGGGAGAAGUUACACGUUGAUCACCCUAUGGGAGUGAAAGGGUUAACUUGCAAAUAGAGCACUUUUCGAUCGAGGCAGUGAGAUAUCGACGAUAGUGAACCGCUGGUAGUCGGCUGUUAUUGAAACCUUUGCUCUGUUUUCUCCUUUUUUCUAUUUUUAGUACGCCGAACUGGAAACCAUUCUUGGUGAUACUGACAGGGCACGUGCGCUGUUUGAAUUGGCUGUUAACCAACCUUUGCUUGAUAUGCCCGAGGUAAUGUAUUGCAAUGAAGGGUGUAUUUAACUCAACGCACGGCAUAUUCUGUUUUUUUCUGCUGUGGGAAAAGCUGCGCGGGGUUCCAUUCCAUCUCGGAAGAGUAACAAUACUUUUGGUCUCUAAUUGUGCUCUCGAAACUAGAAUGAGCUUCGACAGAUAUGCAAAUUUGUGGAACCUGUAUUAAGCGGCAUCGUAUUUAGCGGUCGGUUGUCAAAGUCCGGAAUAGUCUCCCCUUAAUUACUGUAAUUUUCACCUUGGAUUAAAAUCGGAAGUUAUGUUUUCAUGAGAAGUUAAUGGUUCAUCAUUUUUCGUGAAAAUGCUUCACUUCCUUUCGACUAUUAAAAUUCGUAUUCUCAAAAUUUGUUUCAAGCACGAGUACGCGGUGUAAGUUCCUCUCUUUGAAGGUUAUGUAAAAAUAUGGAAUCAGCUAUGCAGAACGGAAGUGACGUUUAUAGGGUACUUUAAAUUCUAAUAUUGUCCUGUGAUUUAAACGUGAGGCUAAUUUACAGUCGUGAUCGUCUAGUGCUUAUGUUUUUACUCAGCUUUCACGAAAUUUUUCCUUUGUUUUCCCCUCUUUAAAUUGUUCAAGUUGUUAUAUUAUGUUAACAUCUAGCAACAAGUAAAUAACAGUAGUUUUCGUUGUUCUCAGGUUUUGUGGAAAGCUUACAUAGAUUUUGAGAUAAACUUGGAAGAGUACGACAAAACACGAGAUCUGUAUGAGAGGCUACUAAAACGAACGCAACACGUCAAGGUUGUAUUUUUUAAUUGUUUUUCCCUAAAAAAUUAUAUCUCUGCUAUUUUGUUGAAUCUCCUGUACAUGAGUAAUUAUUUCUAUUAUGUCCUUCUAUUCGUGUAUGAUUGUUUUUAGUGCCUUGCAAGUGUACUUUGUCGUUAAUUUCAUCAUGAUAUUAAUUAAUUAACCGCGAACAUGUCGAAGCAAAUUUACAGCCAUGUUUCCUUGUAUUCGCUUACCUUGAUUUUCCUGAAAUGUUCUCUUCAAAGGUUUGGAUUAGUUUUGCACAGUUCGAGGCCUCUACAGCAACUGAUGAAAGCAUCAUACAAGCAAGGUAUGUAAAAAGGCUAUACUAUAUUCUAGAUCGAGACCGUUACGGUAAUAAUUCAUAAGAGGAAAGCCUAAAGUCACGCAACGCCCGACGAACCUUUGCGGAGAGCCCCAGAGCAAACAACUCAAUGAAAGAAUUUAUUUGUUCUGUAGGAGAGGAUUCAUGAUGGAAUAUUUAAGUUGAAAUAGUUCUACUGCUUCAAAUGCUAUCAAAAAAUCUGUGAAAUCGAAUCCUCUUAGACGUGAAUCAUCUUUCUCUAUCUUGAAUGUGCUCUAAAUAUUAUUUUUCAGGAUUGUUUACGAACGCGCCAGCAAGUCUCUCAGAAACGCAGAGGAGAAAGAAGAACGAGUGAUGGUACUGGAAGCGUGGAAAGAGUUCGAGGUAUUAUUAAAAUUGGUUGUAUGAAUAAGGAAACUUUUUUGAAAGGUCGAAUCCAAUUUAAUUUUAUUAAUUUGAUCCUUUAGGACGAAUAUGGAGACGAAAGCUCACAAGAAAAAAUAAAGAAAAAGAUGCCUCGCCGAGUAAAGAAGAGGAGAAAAGUACAAACGGACGACGGAGUAAGAAAUCUCUUCAAACUUCUUCAAGUAACUUUGAUUGUCUGUCGUCACGCAAUCCGUUGCCUAAGCCAAAAUGUCGCGUGACAUAUCGAUUCUGUUUUCAGUUUUCUUACGAAUUUGUUCCAAAUGUGGCUGUUAUCAGAGGUAAUUCGUAGCCGCGUGUAUAGUAUUUUAGCCUCACUGCAAUUUUCUUUUCUCUUUGUUAGAUUUUAUGUUUUUCUUUGGAGAUUUGAAACACCAUUAAAAUUAUUUUUCCUUGCAGUCAGACGCUGGAUGGGAAGAAUACUAUGAUUACAUCUUUCCUGACGAUGAAGCCAACAUGCCAAACUUUAAACUGCUCCAGAUGGCCAGGCUUUGGAAAAAGAACCAACAACAAAUGGAAUAA